GAUCGCAGUCCGGGCAGCAGCAGCAACAGCAGCCGAGGCGUCUGAUGCGUCCGCGAACAAAGGCAGCUGUGCGCAGUCGGGACUAGCAGCGUGCGCAGUCAGCCAAAGGCGGACGCGAGGAAAGGAAGCCGAGCGCUCUGCGGUAAUUGGUGGUGCAGCGCCGGGCUCGCUUUGCAGCUGGAAGCGCAGGAUCGGCUGGUUUGCGGGUCCCGGAUCUUGGCCCCCCCUUGCCAAGCAGAUCUCCGGGAAAAGAGGCGAGGAGGAUCCCGAGGAAACGGGGACAACAAAGGAGGGGAAAGGAGAAGGCAACGUGCGCUUGGCGUCGCCCCACCAGCUCGCCGCUUUCUGCUCCCCUCCUCCUCCACCCCCAGGAAAGGACUGAUCCUGCCGGGGGUCGGAUCUCCGGCAAAGUUCGCCCGACGAGGCAUCCCGGCCGGCGGGUCCGCGCUCUUCCCAUGCGCAGAGGGGAACCCGGAGCAGCGCUCGCCAUGCGCUCGGCGCUGCUGCUGCUGUUGCUCGGCGUAAUCUCCUCCUGCAGGGGUAAGUAAGGGCACUUUGCCAGCUGGGAUCCAAGGGGAAGCGGGGCGGCGGGGCAGGGGAUCGCGAGGAUCCUGGCCCGCGAGCGUGCGGGGUUGUUGUUUUCCAGGAAGGGGGGGAGCACGUUGGUAUCGCCUCCAAACGGGUGCAGUUCUUGGAGAGGAAGGAGCGUGGAACACUUGCUUGGCGUGCAGAAGGUCCCAGGUACAGUUCCCGGUGUCCCACCCACCCCGGCUGUGAUAGUAACAUAGGAAGCUGUUUUCUCAUCAGUCAAAGAGUUGGUCUCUUUAGCUCAGUAUUGCCUACGCAGACUGGCAGCUGCUCUCCAGGAUUUUGCCCACCCCAACUGGGAGACGUCAGGAUUCGAACUCGGGAUCUUUUCCACACCGAGUGCGAGCUCCACCGCUGAAUCAUAGCCUUUUCCCCAGUGACUUGACUCGCAGUUGUCAAAGGGCUGGGAAGGCAAGGAUGGGGUCACCUGUCCUUAGAGCUGUAUUUUUGAGGAACUCUCCCCCCCCCCCCCAUACACAGAGAUGGAUAAAUCUUCAAACACUUGUGGACCUGGAUGUACUCUAGACAUUUGAUCCAGUUCUGGGACCCACAGCAACACUCUUACCCAGCGCAAAAUUCUGGCGGUUGAAGUCAAUGGGCCUCGUAGGAGCUAGCUGCUGCCACUGUUCCGCUUUAGAAUAUCGAAAGUGUUUCUUGAGAAGGGUGUUUCUGAGCAUGUGCAGUGAGUUUCCUCCUUGAAUAACCACAGCUGACAUCGAGGUUAGAGACCGGGAUUCCAAGUAGGAGGAAAGAGCAUGUUUGUUUUGCUUUAAAGGCAUAUCAAUAAUAUUCGUUUUACAGUUCCUCAACUUAAUUCCUUUUGAGCAGGGAUUGGGGUGUCUUCAUUGUCUGCCUUGCACGUGCCAAUGGGACGUUUUUGAAACCAACGUGGGCGAUAGGGGGUAUUGGUUCACUUAAAUAUGCUGAUACUUUAGAGCAGAGCUCACAAUCCCCAGGUGAAACAUAAAGGAGGGACAGUAUAAGUCUCUUUUAUCCUGUAUUUUUAUCUUGUGAAACGCCCUGAGAUCUUUGGAUGAAGGGUGGUAUAUAAAUGUACUGAAUAAUAAUAAUAGCAGCUGGGUUUUAGACAAGUAUGUCUUGGAGUAUUAAUUUUAUAGAGAUAUAUUUUGCCAAAUCCAUGUGCAAGAUUGCAUCCUGCCUCUGGCUGGCCUGUUGCUUUGCAGCAGCCUCCUUUGGCGUUACAGCACAGCAUCCUCUGGCUAAGGAACUGGUCUGAGCUGCAUGGAUACGGGUACCACUGCGAUAUGCUCUUCCCGUCUGUUGUUAUUGCUCUGCAAACACAUGGUGCUGCUGCUGCUGUCUUGCAUUUGGCCCUCUGCAGCAGUGAUACCGCUUUGGCUGGUAGAUCCCUCCAGAUUCUUUCACCCCCUCCUUUCUCACAACGUGCAUAUAACUUGGUUAACUGCGUCUUUCCCAAUAGGGAUGUGAUUGUCUUCACCUGGACCCCAAAGCAGCUGUGGCAGGUGUUUCUGCAGCUGCCAUCAGCCCCAGCCAGCAUGCCCAAUGGUCAGGGAUGCUGGGAGAGUUGUAGUCCACCAACAUCUGAAGGCCAAAAUAAUCCCCAGCCCUGCUCUAAAGUCUUCAGGCUUUGUGCAUUGGAAGCGUGGUAGAAAUCAGUAAAUAAUAAUGGGUAUCUGGGAUAAAGAGGGCCCCAGUGUUGCUGGGCAAAACACCUGCUAGUUACGUUGGACAAAAUUAUAUCUGCUUGGAUUUAUUGAUGUCAGUUUGUCUGCACAGGAUUUGUGGGUUGCAGACCUCUGUUGCUCUCUCUAGAACCUGUCUUUUGUGAUGAAGCUUGACCAUCUUGCUGCUACACACCACUCUUCUUCUAUCUCUAGUUUUAAAAGCCGCUUUCCAACAUGCAGAAGCCAGCAUGCUCAGCCUGGGGCUUGCUAGACUGCAAAGCCUGCUGUGAUUUGGGACAGUCUGCAAGCACAGAGCAGGAAUCAGGGACGUCUGUUUCCCCCACCGUUACCUGACCGUUGGCCAUGCUGAUUAGGGUUGAGGGACAUUGGAGACAAGCAGCAAUCUUUAGGGCCACAGGUUCUCCAGGCCUGGUGCAGGGUCCAACCCCAGACAUUGUGGUCACCAGCUACACUCUCGCUUCAUUAGUAGCCAAAACAGCCUCUUUACUCACACCGAAUCGCACUCCCGGCUAUGUUUGUUCAGCUUUUGAAAACCUUGUUUUCUUUUGCUUCCACCCGUAGCCCAUUUCCACAACUCUUGACGCACCGUUUUGCACCGUGAUUUAUCCCUGUCAUAUAGGACGAGGCGUUUGCGUGGGUGGUUCUGGUCACCGUUGCUCACGAUUUGCUGACCUGAAUGCCCAUUGCUAUUGCAAAUCUCCUGGUAAUUUUUAUUUUUUUUUCCUUUUUGUAAGAAGUUAAUGCAACACUGACUAUGCAGGAGCCUGUCAACAGUUUCUCAACCCAAAACAAAUUGUUUAUCCUGGGGAAGAAGGGCCAUAGCUCAGUGACAGAGCAUCUGUUUUGCAUUCUGAAGGUUCCUGGGUCAAUCCUGGCACCUCCUAGUGGAGCUCAGAAUGCCCGGUGCCUGAACCCCUGGAGAGCCCUUGCCUGUCGGUGUAGACCAGGCUACCUCAAACUCGGCCCUCCAGAUGUUUUGAGACUACAAUUCCCAUCAUCCCUGACCACUGGUCCUGCUGACUAGGGAUCAUGGGAGUUGUAGGCCGAAAACAUCUGGAGGGUCGAGUCUGGGGAAGCCUGGUGUAGACAAUAGUAGGUGGACCCAGUGGUCUGAUUUGGCAACUUUCUAUGCACUGUUGAUUUCAACUCUUGGGUUGGGUUGCUAGUUGAGUAGCUGGGUCACCUGCCUUCAAAUUCAUUUCUGUAUGGGGUUGCCCCAGAGCUACCCUUACCCUGCCUUCCACAAACAGGAAUACCGUAGGAUAAGGAAGACAGUGGAUCUCUGUCCGCAAAGAGCACGUUGUAUCCCCAGGGUCCCUCCCUGAAGUGUGUGACCCUAAGUUACAUCCCAUAUAAGGGGGAAAUUGCUGUUCACUCCUAUAGGGAGAACGUAGAAGCACUGUAUUGAAGGCAGCACAGGGGGUCAAAGUUUACCCACCAGCAGCCCUCAUUCUUGCUCGGGAUUCUGUAGGAAGAGCUAGUGUGGUGUAGUGGUUAAGAGCGGUGGACUCAUAAUCUGGUGAACUGGGUUCGCUUCCCCACUCCUCCACAUGCAGCUGCUGGGUGACCUUGGGCCAGUCACACUUCUCUGAAGUCUCUCAGCCCCACUCACCUCACAGAGUGUUUGUUGUGGGGGAGGAAGGGAAAGGGGAUUGUGAGCCACUUUGAGACUCUUUAGGGUAGUUGCCAUCGGAACAGGGAAGGGAGGUAGAGGGGCCGUUGGGAUACAGGGAUCCUCCGAAAGUCUUGCGAAGCAGUUCCUCUUCCUGUGGUGGGGAAAGCCACGCCUCCAGUGGGGAAGAGGGAAAGGGAUAAGGGUCAAGCCAGCCAGGACGGAAUCACGCCUCUUCCGUUGCCUACCUUGCGCAGAGGGGUAAAGCGCAAAGAAGCAAGAAAAAGGCUGGGGGUGACAAAGUUGGGGACAAAACCGGAAAAAGCCAGUCCCAGAUUCUGCUAGCGAUUGAGGAAGACAUGAACUUUGGGGUUCUGCACUGUAAAUAGUUUUGCACCAAAUAAAACCUCUAAAAGUCAGCUCGGAGUCCUGCCUGGUUACUUGCAAGCAACCACCCUAGCUAUCUGACAGCAGUGAUAAAGUGGGAUAUCAAAUCCAAACUCUUCUUCUCUGCACCAAAGCCCAACAGAAAUAUGGUUCGCUCUCCCUCCACCCCAGAUCUGUUGAAUACACAAACUCCAGUUCAUUUGCAUGCACUAGCACAGCACCCAAUAUAACAAAGGGCAUUUUGCUGAUUACGAAUAAUAAGUGGGGGUGGAGGAUGUGCAGGGUGGCCCUUUGUCCCCUCCCCCCACCAUCUACAAAAAUAAUAAGAUGAACAGAUGCAGUAGAUAGCAGGAUGCAAAUGUUGCAUAGUGGAAAUUUUGACUGAUGCAGCUGUUCUCAGCUCUGCAGCGUUGAGACUUUGCUUGUUUGUUAAAUGUAUAUCCCGUCGUCUUGCCGAAGGAGCCCAGGGCAAACGUGGUCAUCUGUUCCUGCUGAAAUCCGCCCCUUCUGCAGAGCUUCUGGUGGCGCAGGUGACUGAUUCCCCUUUUGCACCUGCUCUCCGUACAUCCCCCUGAAUUAGGCGCUGACUUGAGCCCUUGUUGUUUUUGGAGGAAAUCCUGUUGCUGAGCACAAUGUGAAGGAGAGGCUGCUUAAUUGCUAGUUUCAUUGUUAUUGGUUGGAGGGUGAUGAGGUGGUGCUUUUGGUUGGAAAUUCUUUGCCCAGGACAGCAAGCUAGACUCCCAUCCCCCCCUCACCACGCCCAGAGGAACUUCUAUCAUUUUGUUGUUGUUUAGUCGUUUAGUCAUGUCCGACUCUUCGUGACCCCCUGGACCAGAGCACGCCAGGCACUCCUGUCUUCCACUGCCUCUCACAGUUUAGUCAAACUCAUGCUGGUAGCUUCGAGAACACUGUCCCACCAUCUCGUCCUCUGUCGUCCCCUUCUCCUUGUGCCCUCCCAUCUUUCCCAACAUCAGGGUCUUUUCCAGGGAGUCUUCUCUUCUCAUGAGGUGGCCAAAGUACUGGAACCUCAGCUUCAGGAUCUGUCCUUCCAGUGAGCACUGAGGGCUGAUAUCCUUCAGAAUGGAUAGGUUUGAUCUUCUUGCAGUCCAUGGGACUCUCAAGAGUCUCCUCCAGCCCCAUAAUUCAAAAGCAUCCAUUCUUUGGCGAUCAGCCUUCUUUAUGGUCCAGCUCUCGCUUGCAUACAUCACUACUGGGAAAACCAUAGCUUUAACUAUAUGGACCUUUGUUGGCAAGGUGAUGUCUCUGCUUUUUAAGAUGCUGUCUAGGUUUGUCAUUGCUUUUCUCCCAAGAAGCAGACGUCUUUUAAUUUCGUGACUGCUGUCACCAUCUAUAGUGAUCAUGGAGCCCAAGAAAGUAAAAUCUCUCACUGCCUCCAUUUCUUCCCCUUUUAUUUGCCAGGAGGUGAUUGGACCCGUAGCCAUGUUCUUAGUUUUUUUACUAUCAUUCUUCUGGCAUAUUUACCUCUUCCAGAUGUUGGUGCUAGAAAACAGCAUCCUUCCUCAAUUUGGCGCCCCCAGCCAGACGCUGCAGGACUCCAAGUCCCAUCAGUGCCAGUUAAACUCGGUCAAGGGUUGAAGAUCAUGGGAGUUGUAGUCUAGCACCAUCUGGAGGGCCAAAGAUGUACUUCCUCUCCUUUCAGGGCCGGUUGCAGCAUUCAGCAGAGGGAAAUAGCUGCUUCAGGUGGCAGGUGGGGUGUGUACUACACAACAUGACCGGUGCCCCCUAAGCUAGCAUGGCGUGGUGGCGCAUCCUGUCCUGCCACCAGCAUUGAAAUAGAACUCUGGUUCUGGUUGUUGUUGUUUAGUCGUGUCCAACUCUUCGUGACCCCAUGGACCAGAGCACGCCAUUCACUCCCUUCUUCCACUGCCUCCCACAGUUUUGUCAAACUCAUGUUCGUAGCUUCAAGAACACUGUCCAACCAUCUCGUCCUCUGUCGUCCCCUUCUCCUUCCCAACAUCAGGGUCUUUUCCAGGGAGUCUUCUCUUCUCAUGAGGUGGCCAAAGUAUUGGAGCCUCAGCUUCAGGGUCUGUCCUUCCAGUGAGCACUCAGUUGGGAUUCCAUAAUCCUCCCCAGCCAACAGACUGGGAUGAUGGAAGCUGCAAUUCAACCACAUCUGGAGGGCCACAGAUGAACUGCACUAGUGCCAAGGCAGAUGUGCCAGUUUCCCUCCCCAUCUCUCUGCCUAGGGUAGGCAAAGUGGUGCCCUCCAGAAGUCAUGGGUUGCCACUCCUAUCAUCCAUGAUUGUUGCCCAUAGUGGCUGAUGCUGAGAGGAGUUGGAGACUAACAUUUGCAAGGCCUCACAUUAGCAUUCUGAUUAUAUUUUUGCUUGUGUCUCUCAAUUCCCUACUUUCUGGUGUCCAAAGCUCUCCUGCCCACUUUAACAACUCUUCUUUCCCCCACAAUGCCUGUAACAUGCCGCCAGUUCUUCACCCUCUCUGGCAGAGAAGUUCUCCUCAGCCCUUCCAUCUGAGUUCCCUCAACCUGGAGAUGCCAGGGUUUGAACCCAGGGUUAUUUGCCUGCACAGCAUUUGCUGUUUCCAGUGAGUAUAACCCUUGUUCCAUGUUCCGGGUAUUCCUAACAAUCUGUCAAAACAGGUGGUUAUAUUUUCAGGUACAACUGUCCCAUAUACUUUUACUACAACAAUAUUCAUGUUAGUAUGUCAAAUUGGAAACUUUUGAAAUCGCUACCUCUAUCAGAACACUGGAAAGGAGACUCCAUUGUUCUAGAAUUAUUUCCUUCAUAUGAGAAACAUAAUUUCUAAUAUGUGCAUAACCAAACAUAAUACAACUUUUCCACUAUUUGAAUUCUUUGCAAUGCCCAAAUGCUAUUGAACUGCCCAUUUUGAAUCUGGCUCACCAUUUUUUAAAAAAAUCAAGCUACAGACAUGUUUAAAAAAACAUUCCAUAGGAAUACUGGGGUCUGCUGCCAUUCGUUGCUCCACUCUCCUACCCCCGUUCCCCCACACCUGGCCAACCCCUCCUCCCUUUGCGUUUCACCCACCCCUUCCUCCCAGCUUGCCCCCUUUAAAGGAGCAUCUCCCCCCCCCCGUUAAAUAGCUCUCCUGGGCCAUCUGCCCCUCACACUACUUGCUUGCUCAUCUGCCUACCAUUUUGUCAUCGCACUGGAGCUUGUGCAGCCAGUGAACUACAGCGUGACAACAGCCUUACGUUUUUAUGUAUAUAGGAAGAUAGGGACCUCAGCUGCCUUAUACCAAGCCAGACAAAUGGUCCGUCUGGCUCAGUAUUUUUAUUGGUCAACGGGAGUGGCUGCCUGGGAUUUCAUGUGGGGCAUCUUUCCCAGCCUACCUGGAGAGGACAAGGAUUGAACCUGGGAGUUUGUGCAUGCCAAGCAGAUGCCCCACCGCUGAGCUAUGGCCCUGAUUGUACAUCAUGAAUGUACAAUAUUGUACAGUCACUCCUGAAUACCUGAAGGCGAUGCCUGGGAACUGAACCACAACAAAGGGCCUUUUCAUCCCUUUUUAACAAGCUUGGCUCCCGCCCCCUAUGAAAAUGUGAGGAAGGAUCGCCUAGUGGCUUGCGGCAGGAGUUUUCAGUUGUUUUUCCUCCUUGAGCCUGCGUGACCUUGGAGGAGUCGUUUUGAUUCUGCUACAAUUUCUCGUUUUCCCCAGCCUUUGCCUGGAACCUGUCCUGCAGACUCUUAAUUUUAGUAAAUACGAUAAUCUUUAUUGUCAUUGUCCCAUACAGAACAACGAAAUUGGAAAAAAUCUACAUCAGACAUUCAGAAACCAACAACCCUGCUAUCCCAGCCUGGUUAACCCCCUAAAAACUCUGGUACCCCAUAAUUAAAUACAAUAUUCUCCCACAGAGACUACCUUACACUGCGUUUAAAACCAAAAUCGCAUUUGGAUAAAACCUGUUUCUCAGGCGGCUAGUCCUAGUCUUUAUAACCCUGUACCUUCUUCCAGAAAGCAGAAGCUGAAAGGAAAGGUAAAGGUAAAGGGACCCCUGACCAUUAGGUCCAGUCGUGACCGACUCCGGGGUUGCGGCGCUCAUCUCGCUUUAUUGGCCGAGGGAGCCGGUGUACAGCCGGGUUAUGUGGCCAGCAUGACUAAGCUGUUUUUGACAAACCAGAGCAGCGCACGGAAAUGCCAUUUACCUUCCCGCCGGAGCGGUACCUAUUUAUCUACUUGCACUUUGACGUGCUUUCGAACUGCUAGGUUGGCAGGAGCAGGGACUGAGCAACAGGAGUUCACCCCGUCGCAGGGAUUCGAACCGCCGACCUUCUGAUCAGCAAGCCCUAGGCUCUGUGGUUUAACCCACAGCGCCACCCACGCCACCCAUCAAAUUUUACUAGACUAUAAUUUCCAUCAGUCUGGCUGGACCUGAUGGAAAUUGGCAUUUGGCAACAUCUGGAGAGCUAUGAGUUCCUCAGGCUGAUAAAGGAUGACCCACAACUAGUCCUACUUGGAAUAGAUCAGUUGAUUCCUAUGGGCCUGACUACUCUGAGAAUGGUUUGGUUAAAUGCUGCUCAGAGUUGUGUCCUUAUUUUGCUUGUCUCCAUUCACAGGUUCACUUCCAGAUGUGUGGCUACUGACCACCAACCUCCCAUAAAAUGAUACUCUUGCCUUUAAACAUUUCUGCUGCGACCUGCUUUCACAGAGGAAAGGCAGGCUGAAAAAGAAUCUCAUGAAGGGCUGUAUACAUUCUUGCCACAUCCAAAAAAAGUAGCAUUUAUUAGUAGCAUCAAUAACAUGUGGAAGAAUGAGGAGCCACUGCAAUUUGCAGGAUAAGACCUUUGGGGGUAUUUUGAGAAGCCGACAGCUGCUUGCUAAUGUCUCAAGAACCCUGUUGUUUUGAUUAUUUAUUAAAUUAAAGUAAGUUACUAGAUCUCAUGGUUAGGCACAGAUUUCAAAGGCAUUUAUGGAUCCUGUGGUUAGGCACAGAUUUCAGGGUGAUGCGACAUGGCAUUGGUAGAGCAGUAACAACGAGGCAAGUCAGACAGGGAAGAAUUGAGUUCUGGCUGCAUUUAGUGAUUUGUCACACAAAAACUCCAGAAGUGAGGCAAGACUCCUCCACCUUCCCCUACUCUGUUCAGAGUUGCUACCUUCUUCUUUUCCCUGAUUGGCUCAUGAUGAGAGCAGUUGCAUGUCAGGCCGAAAUUUAUCAGGUGGUGUUAUCCAUGCUGGGAUAAGCUGCUCCUGUUGGAUUGUAUUUCUUCUUUUCUUUUGCAUGGUGUACUGUUCUUAAAGAGGGACGCGGGUGGUGCUGUGGGUUAAACCACAGAGCCUAGGACUUGCUGAUCGGAAGGUCGGCGGUUCGAAUCCCCGCAGCGGGGUGAGCUCCCUUUGCUCGGUCCCUCCUCCUGCCAACCUAGCAGUUUGAAAGCACAUCAAAGUGCAAGUAGAUAAAUAGGUACCACUCCGGUGGGAAGGUAAACACCAUUUCCGUGUGCUGCUCUGGUUUGCCAGAAGCGGCUUAGUCAUGCUGGCCACAUGACCUGGAAGCUGUACGCUGGCUCCCUCGGCCAAUAAAGCGAGAUGAGCUCCGCAACCCCAGAGUCCUCCACGACUGGACCUAAUGGUCAGGGGUCCCUUUACCUUUACCUUACUGUUCUUAAAGGCACAAGAAACCGUGGCAAGGAAGGCAUGCAGACUGAGGGAAAUGACUUUAUUUUUCCCCCGGAGGGGCAGCGCAAAAGGAAAUCUCCACCCUUUCUCCUUCUCUGUUCUUGCUUGUUUUCACAAAGCUCAGGCCAUCUGUUGAUGCAUGCUGAAUGCGCUGUCGAGAAGCUGUAAGUGGAAGUGAUCCUGCCAGACAGAAAGAUUAAUUCAGAUUGCUUUGUGUGCGUAGUAACUACUAGAGCUGUCUUCAGCCUCAAAGGAGCCCACAGCCUUUUUGCCCUAGAGAAAGUGAGACUUGCACCUCUCAGCAUCUUUCGCUCGCCUCCAAAUCACCGGUGGCUUUCCUUUCUUCUGCCGCUGAUCACGGGCAAAUCUCCCUUCAGCCCCCCCCCCCCCCCAGAUUCAACAUGCAAAAAUUAAAAGUGGUGAGUAAUAGUAUUUCUGUGCUGCUUUUCAUUCAAAUGAAUCCCUAAGCGGCUUGCAAACAAUACAGAACAAUAGGACAUAACAGAACAUCACAUAGAUACAGCACAAAUCAUAUAAAACGAUUAACAAAAUUAUCAAUAAAGCAGCUACAAAUCAUCGAUAAAAAAAUUGCGAUCUAUAAAACAGUGUUAACAAAGCGGGAAAUAAAUAAUGAGCUAAAUCUCCAGCCCAAGUCAUAUUGUAUCAUUAACUAAUCAAUACGACACUGAUAAUCUAUAAAACAACAUUAACAGAAUAGCAACUGGGGGGGGGGAUAAGCUAAGCAUUAUGGGGGCAGAUGGGGCUUGUCAAUCUGGGGAGGUAGCCCAUCUAGGAAAAGGAAAACUCUGGUCCUAAACCACUGCUGCCUUGUGGGAAAUCUUCUGGAGAAGAAAGACCCUGGGAGCAAACCCUACAAAAAUCCACAGAUGAGACCCUAAGAUGUUUGGAUGGUGCCUCCUUCCAGCAAGUCUUGCGGCCAAGCCACUGCCAACCAUCUUGUCCUGCUCUCCUUUGGACCACAUCAGCGAGGUGGAAAUGAGGAUCUUGUCUUUUUUUUCUUAAAAAAAAAAUUAUUGCUUUUCCAGAAUUUUUAAACAAACAAACAUACAUACAUCUUAACUGUACUUAAUCCAAUCUUAGUAACAUUGUUAAGUGACUUCCUCGAAUCCCCCUGGCUGAAUUUCAGUGUAUAUCAUUGUAACAGUUUUCCAAAACCAAUUUUCUCAUAAAAUUAACUUAAUCACUUAACAUCUUUCUUCCUUUUCAUUUUAACUUUAAACAUAUUAAUCUCUAACAUCACAUAUUUAAAUCCAAGGCCUAUCUGGUAUUUGCAAGUGUUUCCAAUUAAGUUAUCUUAGCAUAUUUAACUAAAUAGUCUUUGAAUUUCAUCCAUUCCUCCUGGUACUCCUCCUCCUUCUGGUCGCGGACUCUUCCAGUCAGGUCGGCUAGCUCCGAAAAGUCCAUCAGGAGAUGAGGAUCUUGUCGUCUGGGCAGCCCAGGACUUCCAGACACACUGCCCAGGCUUGCGCCCCAGGGAGGUCACUUGGGUACUGCUAACACAGCUAACUUCACCCCCAGAGGCUCACUCCACGGUCUCUUGAGACAGACGGAUGCCAACAAGUUUAAGUUCUUACACACACUCUCCAUGCCCCCAUGACUCAUAAUCUUUUGCUCUAUUCAGUUCAUUAAAAUACACAUACAGUGGUACCUCGGGUUAAGAACGUAAUUUGUUCCGGAGGUCCGUUCUUAACCUGAAACUGUUCUUAACCUGAAGCACCACUUUAGCUAAUGGGGCCUCCCGCUGCUGCCGCACUGCUGGCUCAAGAUUUCUGUUCUCAUCCUGAAGCAAAGUUCUUAACCUGAAGCACUAUUUCUGGGUUAGCGGAGUCUGUAACCUGAAGCGUCUGUAACCUGAAGUGCCUGUAACCCGAGGUACCUGUAACCUUGACUCUCAAACUUAAUCCGUUCCAGACUUUUAUUUUUUUUAUUUUUCAAAAAAAUUGAUUUUAUAACACAAAUAAACAACACAUACAGAAGAGCAAACAAUACAAACAAAUUCUUGUCUUAUCCUUAUUUUUUCUAAACAUUGCUAGGUGGGCUUCCCCAAGUCCCCCCUAUCUGAUUUUCAUUUUACCUCAUUUUUAGCAGUUUACAUAUGUCAUAAUUUCUUACCAUUUUUUUUAUCACGCUUACUUUAACCAUAAAAAUCUUCACAUUUAAUCACUUUCAAAUAAUACUGUUUUAAAAUACACUAUCUUCUACUUCUAACCCUACAGCCUAUAUCCACUUCCAAAGCUAUUCUAAGAUUUAAAUAUUAACAUACAGUGGUGCCCCGCAAGACGAAUGCCUCGCAAGACGAAAAACCCGCUAGACAAAAGGGUUUAGCAAUUUUUGAGUCGUUCCGCAAGACGAAUUUCCCUAUGGGCUUGCUUCGCAAGACGAAAGGGUUUUGCGAGUUCUUGCGAGUUUGUUUCCUUUUUCUUAAAGCCGUUAAUAGCCGCUAAGCCGUUAAUAGCCGCUAAGCUGUUAAUAGCCGUGCUUCGCAAGACGAAAAAACCGCAAGACGAAGAGACUCGCGGAACGGAUUAAUUUCGUCUUGCGAGGCACCACUGUAUUUUUUCAAAUAUUCCUUAAACUUCUUCCAAUCUUCUUCCACCGUCUCUUUUCUCUGGUCUCGGAGUCUCCCAGUCAGUUCGGCAAGUUCCAUAUACUCCAUCAUCUUCAUCGUUCCAGACUUUUAAAAACAACCCUUCAAGCAGCAAUUUAACACGAAUUUUACUAUCUAAUGAGACCAUUGCUGAAAGCAAUAAACAAUGUACUGCAGUCACACAAUCAGUCAAUCAGUAGCUGAACUGGGUUCCACACAGUCACAAAAAAAGAGGCACAACAACGCAAAAUAGCAAAGACAGACAGACCUCGGUGUAACACUCAAAAUGGAAGUGUGGCACUCAAAUCGGAAGCAUAACUCUCAAAAUGGAGCACAUUCGGCUUCCAGAAAAAGUUUGCAAACCGAAACACUUACUUCCGAGUUUGCAGUGUUUGGGUUCCAAGUUGGUUGGGUACCAAGGCGUUUGAGAAACAAGGUACCACUGUGAUGCACAUUGUUAAGCCAGCUCAGCCAGGUGCUGUGUUCAGUGGGGUCCUUGGGCCAUGGUGGAGACAGUGAUGAUGAGUAACCAGCCCAUGCCACUCUAGAUAAUCAGUAAUAAUAAUAAUAAUAAUAAUAAUAAUAAUAAUAAUAAUAAUAAUUUAUUAUUUAUACCCCGCCCAUCUGGCUGGGCUUCCCCAGCUACUCUGGGCGGCUUCCAAAAAAAUAUUAAAAUACUGUGAUACAUCAAACAUCAAAAGCUUCCCUAAAGAGGGCUGCCUUCAGAUGUCUUCUAAAAGUCUGGUAGUUGUUGUUCUCUUUUACAUCUGAUGGGAGGGCGUUCCACAGGGCAGGUGCCACUACCGAGAAGGCCCUCUGCCUGGUUCCCUGUAACUUGGCUUCUCGCAGUUAGGGAACCGCCAGAAGGCCCUCGGAGCUGGACCUCAGUGUCUGGGCAGAACGAUGGGGAUGGAGAUGCUCCUUCAGAUAUACUGGACUGAGGCCGUUUAGGGCUUUAAAGGUCCAUCAGGACCUUUAAUCAGGAGGUCCAUUCCCACUCAAGGAAGUCCAAGACGAGUCUGGUGCAUGCUGGGGCUUGGCUUGCCUGUGUGUCUUCCCCAGCCAUCAUUUUAAGCCACGCAGAUGCUCACUCAAAGGCAUUAAUAGUCUUUUUUUAAUUUGAAAGGAUGGUUUGCAGUUGUCUGUUAACUUGGAAACCAUGGCUUGAGGUGGGUUUGCAGACACUUCUUUGUGCGAUGUCAUGGAGAAGUCAUAAGUCAGAGGGCUACUGCUUGGUGGAAUGAGAGCGAAGCAGAGUGAUGAGUAUUUAGAAAGACGAGGGCUGAGAUAAAUUAAAAGGAAAGCAGCCAGGUCAGCUGUUCUCAGCCGUAGUGCUCCUGUUGUACAUUAGGAAACUCAUACCGUGAUUUGGGUUCUAAAGUAUGGUUGUUGCAAAACUGCACCUCCAUGGUUUGGUCUGGUGUCUGAACUGAGCAUGAGGAUGGUUCAGAUGGUUUGCCAAACCAUGGUUUGUCCAGAUAUCUGAACUGAUAGCAUCUGUGUUUGGCAGGAAGUCUUUUCUAAGUCCUGCUGCCUGGGAUCCUUUUCAGCUGGGGAAAUGAGUGACAGAGGGCCAAAGUACAGGAGAAGUUAAAUGCCUCUUUGCACUUAACGUAGAAGUGUUUCAUUGUAAAAUACAAAUUACAUCAGCUCUGGUGAGGCUGAUGAUUAACCGUAUCAGAACAGGCGCAGAGCAGAAAACAUUCCUGCAGAAAAACCCCUUUCUCAAGCGGACAUGUUCGGUAUGGUAUCUGAAUUAAGCAUGAACAUGGUUCAGAUGUAGCAACAAACCAUGGUUUGCCAUGAUAUCUGAGCUGACAGCAUUGGAUAAACUAUGGUUUGCAAGUGGCCACCAACUCAGGCUUGAUGCUGAUAUGCAGAUCACGGUUUGGCAAAUGAGGGCUAAGUUGCAGGUUAAAUUCCUCCUUGCAUUUAGCAUAGGGUGUUUGUUUGUUUGUUUGUUUGUUUGUUUGUUUGUUUGUUGUAAAAUGAAAAUUGCAUCGGCUCUGGGCAUCAGCUUUCUAAAGCAGGUGUUUGUUUGGGAAAGAAAUCUCCUAAUGGCACCAGUGCAGGAAUUCCCUCUCAGUACAAAUAGCACUUGGAGGGAGGGGUUUUCCUCAAGGUGACAGCUGUGAAGGAAUGUCUAAAGUUCUCCCUUCACACCUGCUCUGACCCUGUUAAUUAUCAGCCUCCCUACAGCUGACUAAUUAUUAAAACCCGCAUGCUAAAUGCGCAUUUAACAUUGCAUUGUGUUUGGUCCAAAGCCAGACGUGGGUGGCUCUGCCUACUUUCCCGCCGCGAGGGAAUGCAGCCCCAGACCUGGAAAAGCUUCCCUCCUCUUACCUAGACCUUCCUGUCCCCAGGCCCGUGUGUGAUUUCUUAUCCUCCCUUUAACUUUCUGUAGCGUUCAGCUCUUCCUGCCCCUAGGCUUCCCACGAGGUGUUCUGCCCCCUCAAACCAACCUUUUAUCAUUCCUGAAAGAGCUACACCCUGCGUUGGCUAUGCGUCGCUUGCUGUUUCUCAGCCUCAGCAAUUGGAAUGUUUGUGAACGUUCUUCUACAUCGCGGUUGCACAGCCCCCAGCUAGCAAGACCUUGCAAAGGCAUGCCAGGCUUUUUCCUCAAAUUCCACAAUCGUAGGGCAGAUGAGAGCAAACCUUCCGCUUCCUUUGGAAAGGGCUUAACAUCGCUUCCCUUCCCAUCUCCUCACCGCUGGCUUCGACAUCUCGCUUAAGUUUGUGAUCCGUAUCACAUUUAUGCCUACAAGAUGACAUUUAGCUGGGCCAUUGUAAGGCUUAAUUUAUGAAUUGUUCUUUUUUUAAAAUUUGCAUUUUAUUUAUUUGUUAACAUUCUUAUAUUACAUCGGUAAACGUUGUCAUAUUACAUUACAGAACUAACUAUAAUAUAAUUUCCAACAUGUAUACAAAAAUUAUAUACAAAUUUUAUAUACCUAGAAAGAAAAUGAAACAAAAAAAAGAACAAAGAGAAAAACAAUUCCCCCCCCCAAAAAAUCAUAUACAUACCAACACACUAGACUUCCUGUCUUUCCCAUUAUAUAUUCCUUUUUUUACAAAUGAAUGUACUCUUAUUAUUGUAUAUUUCGUCAGUAAAAGGUAAAGGGACCCCUGACCAUUAGGUCCAGUCGUGACCGAUUCUGGGGUUGCAGUGCUCAUCUCGCUUUAUUGGCCGAGGGAGCCGGCGUACAGCUUCCGGGUCAUGUGGCCAGCAUGACUAAGCCGCUUCUGGCGAACCAGAGCAGCGCACGGAAACGCCGUUUACCUUCCCGCCAGAGCGGUACCUAUUUAUCUACUUGCACUUGAUGUGCUUUCGAACUGCUAGGUUGGCAGGAGCAGGGACCGAGCAACAGGAGCUCACCCCGUCGCGGGGAUUCGAACCGCCAGCCUUCUGAUCGGCAAGUCCUAGGCUCUGUGGUUUAACCCACAGCGCCGCCCACAUCAGCUGGGCCAUAGUAAGGCUUAAAUUAUGAAUUGUUCUUAAUGGCCGCUUCUUAUGCAGAAGCAUCAUGUAGUACCUUGAAAACCUUAGAGAUAAUUUUACAGUUAGGACUGUAGGAAGAUCCUUGAGCCACAGACCACUGGUCCAUCGAGUUCACUGUUGUCUACACUGACUGGCAGCAGCUGCCCUCAAUCAGGAUUUCAGACUGCAUUCUCUCCCAGCCCUGCUUACAGAUGCUGGGGACUGAACCUGGGACCUUCUGCAUGCAGAGCAGGUGUCCUACCACUUCUCAUAGGAGCAGUGUUCGAAAUUAGCCAGGCACACUUUUACACCUGACUAUCGGCCACUAGUGACCAAGUAAUAAUAAUAAUAUUUAUACCCUGCCUAUCUGGCUGGGUUUCCCCAGCCACUCUGGGCAGCUUACAGCCCAUAUACAAAAUAGUAUAACCUGACAUCUCCACCUUCUGGGGAUCCUUAGAUCUUGACUGCUUUCACACACUAUUACCCCAUCCUGGAGAAUUCUAUCUGUUAUAUUUUAUCUGCACAAUCAGAAUGAAUUUCAGGAACCAAAACGCUUUUCAUGUACGGUCUGAGCAGGAGCGGUGAACAACGUUAUAGCUAACUGUUGUCGUUUGUCUUCACUUACCCCGUCCUGCUGUCCUGCUAACAGUUGUGGAGAAUAUUCCUACAUUAUGAGUGGUCUGUGUUGCGAUUGAGAAAAGGUGGUCGGAAUAGGCCACUUUUAUAUAUACCGUAUUUUUCGCUCCAUAAGACGCACUUUUUUCCUCCUAAAAAGUAAGGGGAAAUGUCUGUGUGUCUUACGGAGCGAAUGCGUGGUCCCUGGAGCCAAAUUGCAGGUCCCUUUUUUUUUUUAAAGAAAGAGGGAAGGGGGUGUUGAAACGAAGCCGCUGAGCAGCUGAUCGGCAAGCGAUCGGGAGGGAGAUAAGGGACUCUAGCAAUAAAGGAGGCUGCCUGGGAGGGGGAAGGUAAAAGCCCAUGGAUCCUCAGGAUUUUUGCAUUGGGUCACCCCAAAUUCACCAUCAGAUCCCAUAUUAUGUCUGUAGCAACAGCAUGAACCCCAGAAAUCAUACGUCCACUGUUUUGUUCAGAAUAUUUUUUUUCUUGUUUUCCUCCUCUAAAAACUAGGUGCGUCUUAUGGUCAGGUGCGUCUUAUGGUCAGGUGCGUCUUAUGGAGCGAAAAAUGGUGUGUGUGUGUGUGUGUGUGUGUGUGUGUGUGUGUGUGGACAAUCCCUGGAUCAAGUGGCUUUUCUCCUUUUAAGUUCUCCAAAGUUCAUCCCCUAGCUCAAAGUUGCCAUCUGAACUAGCCAGAUGCCACAGUCAUUUGAGAAAGGAGACUUUACAGCCGUCUUGCCCCAAAAUGGCAGCUAGCCAUUCCGUCUUCACGACUGGAACCUUGGUUUAAGGAGCCAUUUGGCAUCUAGCUUACCGUAUUUUUCUCUCUAUAAAACACACUUUUUCCCUCCUAAAAAGUAAGGGGAAAUGUGUGUGCGUCUUAUGGAGCGAAUGCAAGCUGUGCAGCUAUCCCAGAAGCCAGAACAGCAAGAGGGAUCGCUGCGCAGCAAUCCCUCUUGCUGUUCUGGCUUCUGGGAUUCAGAAUAAUUUUUUUCUUGUUUUCCUCCUCCAAAAACUAGGUGUGUCUUAUAGAGCGAAAAAUACGGUAUAUAGCUGAGCUUCUGCCACUUCCCACUGGAAAUAGUUCAAACGGUUGCUACCAUUUUAUGGCUAUUUGGUCUCCUAUAGCUUUGUCUUUUCCUUCUUCAGAUCCUGCAGAACUUUUCUGGAGUUUCCCCCCUUUGUUUGGAGCAACUGUGCCACCCAGGCUAGCCUUUUUGGGGAGCUCACCCCCACCCUCGACUGCUAGGUAGGCAGAGCAGCGACCGAGCAACGGGAGCUCACCCCGUCGCGGGGAUUCGAACUGCCGACCUUCUGAUCGGCAAGUCCUAGGCUCUGUGGUUUAACCCACAGCGCCACCCGCGUCCCUUUUGGUAAAGUAGGGUUGCCAUAUUUCAAACAGUGGAACUUUUCUAGACAGAAAAGCUGUUGAGUUUUUUUUUUGUUUUUUUUUGGCAAAAUAAUAAUAAUAAUAAUACCAAGGCAGAACUUUUGGUUUAUCCAGGAUUUCAGACUAGAUUCACCCCCAGCCUCAUUUGGAGAUUGAAUUUGGCGUCUUCUGCAUGCCAAACAGAUGUUCUGGCGCUGAGCUACAGCCUCUAUACAUCUCCAUCUGCGUAAGAAGUUUCACCUGCUUAGUUUCCAGGUGUUAACCUGCUAGGAUUGAAAAAGCAGAAGGGCGAGUCAAUGAAGCAGGGAACCCAUGCCUGGUAGUCCUGUUGUAACAACUCCACUUGCCCCUCAGGAGUGAUGGGCCGUGACAGGCUCUCUCCUGCCUACCUCGGGAUCCCACAGAUCGCUCGGCUGUCACCUGCUGGGUGACACAUUCAUCCUUUCCCUCCUGACGUCUCAGGAUAUGGCUGCCUAGGGAUUGACAAGAACAGUCUUAUUUCUGGGCCACGUCUGUGGUCCAUGCGUUGGUCUGCCCCAUUUUCUGCAAAAGAUGUGAAAUAAACUGCACAGGAAUCCUUUCCCACAGGAGGUGGUGAUGGCCACAGACCUAGAAUGAUAGAAUUGUAGAGUUGGAAAGGGACCCCAGGGGUCCCUUGCAAUGCAGGAAUCUCGGAUAAAACCUCCCUGGCAGAUGGCCGUCCAACCUCUGCUUAAAAACCUCCAAGGAAGGAGAGUCCACAACCUCCAUUCCCCUGUCAAACAGCUCUUACUGUCAUGAAGUUCUUCCUGACGUUGAGUGAGAAUCUCCUUCCUUGUUACGUGAAGCCAUUGGUUCGAAUCCUACCCUCCGGAGCAGGAGAAAACAAACCUGCUCCAUCAUCCAUUGGGCAGACCUCGAGAUAAUUGAAGGUGGCUAUCAUAUCUCUUCUCAUUCUCCUCUUUCCCAGGCUAAACAUACCCAGCUCUUUCAACCGUUCCUCAUAGGGUUAGGUUUAAACCUUGUUGAUGAUGUUGUUUAGUCGUGUCCGACUCUUCGUGACCCCCUGGACCAGAGCACACCAGGCACUCCUGUCUUCCACUGCCUCCCACAGCUUGGUCAAACUCAUGCUGGUACCUUCAAGAAAACUGUCCAACCAUCUCGUCCUCUGUCGUCCCCUUCUCCUUGUACCCUCCAUAUUUCCCAACAUCAGGGUUUUUUCCAGGGAGUCUUCUCUUCUCAUGAGGUGGCCAAAAUAUUGGAGCCUCAGCUUCAGGAUCUGUCCUUCCAGUGAGCACUCAGGGCUGAUUUCCUUCAGAAUGGAUAGGUUUGAUCUUGCAGUCCAUGGGACUCUCAAGAGUCUCCUCCAGCACCAUAAUUCAAAAGCAUCAAUUCGUCGGCGAUCAGCCUUCUUUAUGGUCCAGCUCUCACUUCCAUACAUCACUUCUGGGGAAACCAUAGCUUUAACUAUAUGGACCUUUGUGGGCAAGGUGAUGUCUCUGCUUUUUAAGAUGCUGUCUAGGUUUAAACCUAGAUGGCUUUAAAAGAAGAUCAGAUUAAUGCAUGGAGGAGAUUGAUAGCUGCCAGCCAGGAUGGUUAUGCUUCUGAAUGCCAGCGUGUGCUCAGAUCCUUCUUGUAAGUUUCCCACAAGGCAUCUGGUCUGCCACUGUGGGAACAGGAUGCUGGGCUAAAGGUGUAGGAGCAAGUGUUUGAAUCUCACUGCACCAAAUUCUACUCCAGGCAGACCUAUUGGCUGCAUACAUACAUGACUGGCUUGGGUCUAUUAAUUUCUGGGAGUUGGCUCUUGAGUAUGAAUAACGUUGUGCUGCGCCCAGUUAAAUUCUACUCACUGAAAUGAAUGAACCCAAGUUAGUCACCUUUCAUUUAGUUCAGUAGGUCUACUCUGAGCAGGAGUAGAAUUGGAUGUAGUCCAUGCCUUUCAGGACUGUUUCCAGAAUCGAGAGAAUAUAUCUGUAACCUUUUUGCACGUAUACUUUGGGAUACUUCAAAGUGUUAUUUUUAUCGGCCUUUUUCAGGAAAGGCUUGGUCAGCUCUGAUUAAUAAGUGCUUAUUCCAUUUCCUUUCCUUCCGUAAUGAGCCAUUUUCUUCGGGGAGGGAGGGGGCCUGGAUCUCCCAUGCUGUCUGCUAUUUCUCUACUAUAUAUUAAAAAGGGUUCGCUUUGCAGAAUGUGGCGUUGUUGUUUUUAAUGGAAUCUCUCACAAAUUCUUCAUCUCCAGUGAAUUCGGUGACCUCUCUGAGGCUGCCUCUUAAUCUUCUCUUUUUCUCUCAGAAGAGUGACCUACUUUCUUGAGCCUUAUUGAGUUGCUGAGAUCCCGGAAUAUCCAUGUCAAUUGGGUUUUCUUCCUCGCUGCUGUCUCUCUCCAAAUGCACACAUGCACCCAGGCAAAUGUCUUGAGCGCUAUUAUAUAAUAAGCAACGCAGGCCUACAAGCAAUGUGCUCUGUGAUGCAAGGAUUUGGCCGAGCCCAGGGUAGCUUGCUUUAGAUUUGGAGAGCUGGUCCCCACAAGCUCCUUGGCUUGCUUCAAGAGCAGAACAAUGGGAAAGUGGCAAGGUUGAAUCCUGACAAGACAGAAGUACUCUUUUUGGGAGACAGAGGUUGGGUGGGUGUGGGGGACUCCCUGGUCCUGAAACGAUUAACUGUGCCCCUGAAAGACCAGGUGCGCAGCCUGGGAGUCAUUUUGGACUCACAGCUGUCCAUGAAGGCACAGGUUAAUUCUGUGUCCAGGGUAGCUGUUGACCAGCUCCAUCUGGUACGCAGGAUGAGACCCUACUUGCCUGUGGAUUGUCUCGCCAGAGAGGUGCAUGCUCUAGUUAUCUCCCACUUGGACUACUGCAAUGCGUUCUACGUGGGGCUACCUUUGAAGGUGACUCGGAAACUGCAAUUAAUCCAGAACGCGGCAGCCAGACUGGUGACUGGGAGCGGCCACCAAGACCAUACAACACCAAUCCUAAAGGAUCUUCACUGGCUCCCGGUAAGUUUCCGAGCACAAUUCAAAGUGUUGGUGCGGAACUUAAAAGCUCUAAACAGCCUCGGUCCUGUAUACCUGAAGGAGCGUCUCCACCCCCAUCGUUCAGCCCAGACACUGAGGUCCAGCGCCAAGGGCCUUCUGGCAGUUCCCUCAUUGCGAGGCUACAGGGAACCAGGCAGAGGGCCUUCUCGGUGGUGGCGCCUGCCCUGUGGAACGCCCUCCCAUCAGGUGUCAAGAAAAUAAACAACUAUCUGACUUUUAGAAGACAUCUGAAGGCAGCCCUGUUUAGGGAAGUUUUUAUUGUUUGAUGUUCUGUUAUGUUUUAGGUGUGCUGCAAGUCACCCAGAGUGGUUGGGGAAAUCCAGCCAGAUGGACAGGGUAUAAAUAAUAAAAUGAUUAUUAUUAUUAUUUAUUUAUUUAUUUAUUAGGUGGUCUACUCAACAUCUCUCUCCCACCUCCUCCGGGAUGUGGCCCUUGCUUGUCAUUGACUCUGAGGAGAGAAGAUUAUCCCACAGCUACCUGGAAGGGUGUAUCCUCUCUUUCCCUUCCCGUGCUCAACAUGGGAAAGGUUCUCAUGACCUCUUACUCCUAAUCUAGGAAGCUGCUUUUCUACUAAGUCAGACCCAUUGCUCCAUCUAUCUCCAUGUUGUCUACUCUGACUGGCAGCAGCUCUCCAGGUUUCCGGCAGGGGACAUUCCCACCCUAACUGAAGAUCCCAGGGACUGAACAGCUGCUCUACCUCUCACCCAAAAUAAUCUCUAUUUGCAUUGAGUUUCCAAAUUAAUUUUGAGCAGACUUGAGCCCCGCAACAGCGUAGAAACUAAGAAGACCCAAAUACAGUGGUACCUCGGGUUACAGACACUUCAGGUUACAGACGCUUCAGGUUACAGACUCCGCUAACCCACAAAUAAUACCUCAGGUUAAGAACUUUGCUUCAGGAUGAGAACAGAAAUUGUGCAGUGGCAGCAGGAGGCCCCAUUAGCUAAAGUGGUACCUCAGUUUCAGAACAGUUUCAGGUUAAGAACGGACUUCCAGAACGAAUUAAGUUCUUAACCUGAGGUACCACUGUAAAGUUUUUGGCAGCAGGUAACAUCCAAUACCAGCCUUCACUUGGUUGGGUCUAGUUUUUAGCUGUUUUGUCUCAUGAAGUUCUGAUUUGCUAUUUGGGUUACGUGGAGAUAUGCAGCGAGAUAUAUAUAGUUUCCCACAGCAGAGUGCCUGCAGCAUAAUAAGACGAGCUCUGAUGGCCGAGUCCUUCUGGCUUCUGCAAGAGUACAAAAUGAGUUCUAAAAGUCACAUAAUACCUAGGUGGGCAUCUCUGCUCUCCAGAGACACUGAGCUAGAACAUUCGUGACUUGCAAAUUGCAGGAUCUGCUGCAAAGAAACAGGCAACCCCAACCUGUCUCCGUUCCCCCUAGAUUGCAUUUUUUGCCUUCGGUUGCCUCUCAAGUUGCCUGUAACUAAUCUCCCAGAGGAAUCAGCCUUUCAGGGAGAAACUCAUCCUUCUGCAGUUUCCAAUAAACGCCGCAGGCUUGCAGAACAGUAUAUAUUCUCGGCGACUUCACUGGAAUCGCAGCUUGUGACUGGAGGCAUCCUUUGCAUAAGAGAGACUGGUGCUCUUGGAUAGUGUUAGAAUCAUAGAACUGCAGAGUUGGAAGGGACCCGAAAGGUCCUCUAGUCCAACCCCUCUGUGAUGCAGGAAUCUCAACUCAGGCAUCCAUGACAAAUGACCAUCCAACCUCUGUUUAAAAACCUCCAAGGAAGGAGAGUCCACAACCCCCCCGAAGGAGACCAUUCCCCUGUCGAACAGCUCUUACUGUCAGAAGGUUCUUCCUAAUGUUGAGUCAGAAUAUCCUUUGCUUUUAAUUUGAAGCCUUUGGUUCGAGUCCUACCCUCAAGAGCAGGAGAAAACAAGCUUGUUCCCAAAUAUCCCUUCAGAUAUUUGAAGAUGGCUAUUCUAUCUCCUCUCAGUCUCCUCUUUUCCAGGCUAAACCUACCCAGCUCCUUCAACCAUUCCUCAGAAGGCUUGGCUUCUAGACCCUUGAUCAGACAGAGCUAUUCCGCCUGGCCUUUAAUUUGAAUUCAGCCUGAUCUUUUAUUUCCCUUCUCUUUCCUCCCCCUCCCCUUUUAUGAAGAUCACCCGCUCUGAGACCCCACAGCUAAUUCUCCCCUGGCCUCCUCACUGGCCCAAGUAGGACUAAUUCAGCCAGCUAGCCCUGGUGAUUAUCUAAUUGAUUUUUGAAUUUUAUUGUUGUUCAUGUUUUUAAACUGUAUUUUAUGCUGCUUUUAUAAUUAAGUGUUUAAAGUGUUUUAAAUUUGUUGUUAGCCGCCCUGAGCCCGGUUUUUGAACCGGGAGGGGCGGGGUAUAAAUAAAGAUUUAUUAUUAUUUUUUAUUAUUAUCAUCUUAGUUGCCUUUCUCUGCUCACGUUCCAAAUUCCUGAAUGCUUCAGGCUUUCCUCAUGUGAGUAUCACUCCAUCCCGUUGGUUGGUGGUGAUGUUAGGUUGGUGUUGGCAAUGAGGGAGAAAUCCGUCCAAUUCACUGUUUAACGUGAGCCUAACAAAUUCACGUUUGUGGGUCAAAUUAGCAGUUUGAACUUGGGAACGUGAAGAGGGCCUGCUGGAUCAGGCCCGCAGCCCAUCUAAUAAUAAUAAUAAUAAUAUUUAUACCCUGCCCUCCCCAGCCAAAACCGGACUCAGAGCGGCUAACAUCGAAUAUACAGUGGUACCUCGGGUUAAGUACUUAAUUCGUUCCGGAGGUCCGUUCUUAACCUGAAACUGUUCUUAACCUGAAGCACCACUUUAGCUAAUGGGGCCUCCUGCUGCAGCCGCGCCGCCGGAGCACGAUUUCUGUUCUCAUCCUGAAGCAAAGUUCUUAACCUGAAGCACUAUUUCUGGGUUAGCAGAGUCUGCAACCUGAAGCGUAUGUAACCUGAAGCGUAUGUAACCUGAGGUACCACUGUAUAACGUAUUACCGUAAAAUUAAGCAAUCAAUUAAAAUGCAUCCUAAAAUCAAAUCAGAAUCAAAGUGAAAUCUAAUCGGAUGGCAACCCGCAAAUUAGGGAUGGGGACCUUAAAUGUGCUAGGGGACCCUAAAUGUGCUAGUCAGCAUUCUGUUCUCACAGUAGCCAGAAUCCUGCACACUUUUUGAUGCAGUUGUGCGACCUAAGCAUGCGUGCACAACUGCGUCUGUCAGUGAAAAGCUCGCCCAGCAAGUGUGCACAAUGUAGUGGGAAUUAAUGUGCAAAAAACCCCAGUUUUUGAGUUUUUGUGGGGGCCUGUUAAACGAAAGAAUUCGCCGACGUAUGUGGAAGUGAGGUGAGCUGAACUUGAGCCUUGCAAAACAAGAUGUGGAGAUGAGCCAAAAUGGACACAUUCGCUCAUCCUCUCGUCAGUAUUGUCAUGGCGCUGGGCCUAAACUUUGUACACCCCAAGAAGCAAAUAACACGCAGCGAGAAACAGCGUUGUGUCAUGAUCAAACCCGACCCGUUGGGAUGGUGUGCAACCCUGCCAAGUCUGACAGAUAUAACGCUCUUCUCAGCUGGAACGCACUUUGAACGUAGGGGAAGCAACUCUUCCCAUGGCUGAUUUCAAAGGAUGUGAAUUUCUGGGAGUUGGGGGUCGGAGGUGGGGUUGGUCUUUUGGUUGAGAUUAAGGAGGAUUUCGGCAUCCUUUGUUUAGAGGGAUAUUGACUCAGUGCCGCGGGUUAUUCUCCCAAUUAGCUAAGCAAGGCGAUCUCCGGCAGGACUGAACUGUGGAAGUCUGCUGUGUCAGGGUCAAAACUACACCUAGAUCAAAGGACGCCUCAGUGCCGUCAAACGGCCCUUAUCAGGGAGAACACUCUUGAGAUGGCUCAGCUGUUAUUCAUUCUUCUCCAUUUUUUUGAAAGCCCAGAUGAGUUUCUUUCUGAAGUUGAGUCGGAAGGGAGUUUCCCUUCCAGGCUAAAAAGCAGGAAAGUGGGGAAGAGACCUCUCCCACUUGGAGACCCAAAUAAGCGGAAGUUGAGAAUUUUAAAUAAAAAGACCGUAGGACCUUACUGUUUAUUGUAUUUAGGAUGUGUGUGGUUUUUGUUAAAAAAAGAAAAAGAACAACUUUGGCUGCUCCUUGAAGGCACAAGAAGUGUAACCAUGUUUGGAAGUAAAUCCUUCAAAACCGGAGCAUAAAAUGAAUUAUGUUAAUAAUUAUUUAUACAUACAGCGGUACCUCAGGUUAAGAACUUAAUUCGUUCUGGAGGUCCAUUCUUAACCUGAAACUGUUCUUAACCUGAAGCACCACUUUAGCUAAUGGGGCCUUCUGCCGCCGUGCCGCUGCUGCACGAUUUCUGUUCUCAUCCUGAAGCAAAGUUCUUAACCCAAGGUACUAUUUCGGAGUCUGUAACCUGAAACGUCUGUAACCUGAAACGUCUGUAAUCCAAGGCACCACUGUACGUACAUACAUGAAUACAUACCCCACCCAUCUGGCUGGGUUUCCCCAGCCACUCCCAACACAAUAUUAAAACACAAUAAAACAUCAAACAUCAAAAACUUCUCUAAACAGGGCUGCCUUCAGAUUCUUCUAAAAGUCAUAUAGUUGUUUAUUUCCUUGGCACCUGAUGGGAGGGCAUUGCACAGGGCGAGUGCCACCACCGAGAAGGCCCUCUGCCUGGUUCCCUAUAACCUCACUUCUUGCAGGGAGGGAAACGCCAGAAGACUCUCAAAGCUGGACCUCAGUGUCUGGGCUGAACGAUGGGGGUGGAGACACUCCUUCAGGUAUAGUGGGCCACUUAGGACUUUAAAGGUCAGCACCAACACUUUGAAUUGUGCUCAGAAACGUACUGGGAGCCAAUGUGGGUCUUUUAGGACCAGUGUUAUAUGGUCUCGGUGGCCGCUCCCAGUCACCAGUCUAGCUGCCGCAUUCAGGUUUAGCUGUAGUUUCCGCGACACCUUCAAAGGUAGCCCUAUAUAGUCUGAAUGUUGCUGAACAUUUGCAUAGAGCAGCCUUUAGGUCCCCAGGUGUGGUUGGACUACAACUCCCAUCAUCCUUGCCCAGUGGUUCUGUUAGCUGGGGAUGAUGGGAGAUGUAGUCCAACAACAUCUGGGGACUCAAGCUUGAAAUAAGUUGACGUAGUGGGAUAAGUGCAAUAUUUGCUGUUUGUGGGCAUUAUGAAGGAGUGCUGUAGGAAGCACGAAAGUUUACCUGAAACUGGCUGAAUUUGCACAUCAUGCUGCAAGUGCCACAUGAACCAGUAGGAACAAACCAUGGGCUCUCACACUCUUCCCCGCUCCCCCCCACAAAAAAUGCUGCACGACCCAGUGGCGGAAUAUGGAAGGCUUUCCUUUUAGUUCCCCUUAAAUGUGGUUUGGUGUGUUGCCUGGGGUGACAGCCUUAAGCCAACGUCAAACCAUGGUUCCUUGGGUUGGCUUGUUCAAGCUAACCAUAGUUGACAUUACCACGGUUCCCAGUUCGGAUGACGGCUGAUGCUUCUCAGCUCUUCAUGGCUACAUGGAAGGAGGAGUCCUUUCUCGCCAUUUUCAUAGAUGAGUCAUGGGGGAACAGAAGCCCGCAGGUGCGGGAAGGAUGGAGGAGAUCGGUGUCGUCCAAUGACGUUCCUCAUUGUGCCACGGUACGCCCACUGGUGUGAUGGAAAGGUAGCACAGCAUGCUGGGAGGUCGGUCCAAAAGCCUCUGUUUCAUCACACAAUGGGUAGCACAGUGGGAAAGGAAUGUUGGAAAUUAUAAUAACAGGACUGCUAGCGUUGUGGCCAGGAAAGCUAAAUAAUCCCCAUACCCAAAUGCACCACUUACAUAUAAAUGACUUCUUCAACAUACAGUGGUACUUCAGGUUAAGUACUUUAUAUAUAUAAUAUCUAUAUCUAUAUCUAUCUAUCUAUCUAUCUAUAUAUAUAUAUAUAUAUACACAAAAUUAUAACAAGACAUAUUAUCCAAAAACAUAUCAUCCUUGUUUCCCCCCCUCCCAUUUUUCCUUCCCCCCCAAAAAAACCCAUCCACCCCCCGACUUCCCUCAGUUCCAGUUUUUGGUUUCUCUAAGAAUGCUGUUUUCUGCAUGUUACAAAGUUCUAUAGAUCCUCAAACUAUUUAGCUGAUUAUUAUCCUCGCGGCCGUUGUCGCAUACCUCAGGUUAAGUACUUAAUUCGUUCCGGAGGUCCAUUCUUAACCUGAAACUGUUCUUAACCUGAGGUACCACUUUAGCUAAUGGGGCCUCCUGCUGCCACCGCGCGAUUUCUGCUCUCAUCCUGAAGCAAAGUUCUUAACCUGAGGUACUAUUUCUGGGUUAGUGGAGUCUGUAACCUGAAGUGUAUGUAACCUGAAGCGUAUGUAACCCGAGGUACCACUGUAUUUGGAACCGUUGUCUGACUCCAGCCACCUAUCCCACACAAUCGCUGUAUUUUCUGCAGUACCGUUGACUUCAGAGUGAAUCAUUUCUGGUUCCCCAUUUCCCAAUGGAAUGGCUCAGUUGCGUGAGUUUGCUAGCAGGAGUGGACCAUGAAGCCAAGACAGGGCUGAUGCUCAGCUUCUCUCGUAUUUUUCCUGCAGCAAAGGAGUCCACUGUGUUCACUGAUCUGUGAAAUUGGUCUACACCAAGUAGCUUUUCCAAGACUUUCUUUCACUUCUCCUGCACCACCUCUGACCAGCCUCUCCCAGCAACUCCCAGAAGUCAGUCUGCACCAGGACCUAGGCCGUUUGUUCUGGGGAUCUGUUUUCUGCAGAGGCCCCAGAAGAUUUCUCUUUGAUUUGACCUAUUUAUUGAAGCAAAUAGCCUGCCACAUGGCUCCGCAGAACGCUAACCUGGGCCUGCUUGCAGCUUCAAAACAGUGCCAAUUAAAACACACCCGGCGGUGAAUUGGGAGUACAAUGCAAAGAGUGGUUUUAAAGAUCAAAUACAAAAGCUGAGAACGUGCAGCCAGUCUCCUUCCCUCAAAAAACCAUUUCUCAGAUGAUGAUUAUUUAAUUAAAUGCUUCUUUUAAGCCAGGAGUGGGGGAACCUGUGUCCCUCCAGAUAUUACCGGACUCCAGUUAACCUGGCCAGUUGUCAGGAAUAAUGGGAUCCGCAAUCGAACACCUUUUGGAGGGUAUCAGAUUCCUGUCUCCCUGAUCUGGACUUCCCAACACUGAGUAGCCUUCUAAGGUCUUUGACUGGCUUGUCCAAGAGUCAGAUUUCCGCCACACAGGGUUCUUCUGGCACAGGGUUCUUCGGACGUGGGUCCCCAGAUACUGUUGGAAAAAUACAGCUCACAUAAUUGCCAUCCAGCGACAGCAGUGGUCAAAUAUGGGGGACUUCAAUUACCCGGAUAUUUGUUGGAUGUCAAACUCAGCCAAGAGCAUAAGGUCAAACAGAUUCCUGACUGGCCUUGCAGACAACUUCAUUGUCCAGAAAGUGGGAGAUGCAACAAGAGGAACAGCCAUUUUAGAUCUGGUCCUAACCAAUGUUGAUGACCUGGUUAGUGGGGUAGAAGUGGAAGGAUCAUUAGGCGCGAGUGAUCAUGCUCUUCUGAAGUUUACUAUACAGCGGAAAGGAGCAGCCAAGCAUACUAGGACUCAAUUUCUUGACUUUAAGAAAGCCGACUUCAUAAAACUUAGGGAAGUGCUGGGUGAGAUCCCAUGGACAGUAAUACUAAAAGGAAAGGGAGUUCAUGAUGGCUGGCAGUUUGUUAAGAGGGAGAUAGUAAAAGCACAACGUCAGGCAAUACCAAUGAGACGGAAGCAUGGAAGGUGCCUAAAGAAGCGAGGGUGGCUAUCUAAAGAACUUUUAACUGAGUUAAGAUUAAAAACGGAUGUGUACAAAAAAUGGAAAAGGGGGGAAACCACCAAAGAGGAAUUCAAACAAAUAGCCAGCACGUGUAGAAACAAAGUCAGAAAAGCUAAAGCACAGAAUGAACUCAGGCUUGCUAGAGAGGUUAAAAGCAACAAAAACGGCUUUUAUGGGUAUGUUCGUAGCAAAAGGAAGAACAAAGAAACAGUGGGGUCACUCAGAGGAGAAGGUGGUGAAAUGCAAACAGGGGACACAGAAAGGGCUGAACUCCUCAAUGCCUUCUUUGCCUCAGUCUUCUCCGAUAAAGAAAACAAUGCCCGACCUGAAGAAUUUGGAGCAAAUGAUUCAGCAGAGGAAACACAGCCCAGAAUAACUAAGGAGAUAGUACAAGAAUACUUGGCUAGUUUAGAUGUAUUCAAGUCUCCAGGGCCAGAUGAACUGCAUCCAAGAGUAUUAAAAGAAGUGGCAGAUGUGAUCUCAGAACCACUGGCAGUCAUCUUUGAGAAUUCCUGGAGAACAGGUGAAGUCCCGGCAGACUGGAGGAGGGCAAAUGUUGUCCCUAUUUUCAAAAAGGGGAAAGAGAGGACCCAAAUAAUUACCGCCCAGUCAGUCUGACAUCAAUACCAGGGAAGAUUCUGGAGCAGAUCAUUAAGCAAACAGUCUGUGAGCGCCUAGAAAGGAAUGCUGUGAUCACCAAUAGUCAGCAUGGAUUUCUGAAAAGUAAGUCAUGUCAGACUAACCUGAUCUCGUUUUUUGACAGAAUUACAAGCCUGGUAGAUGAAGGGAACGCAGUGGAUGUAGCCUACCUUGAUUUCAGCAAGGCAUUUAACAAGGUGCCCCAUGAUAUUCUUGUAAAGAAGCUGGUAAAAUGCGGUCUUGACUAUGCUACCACUCAGUGGAUUUGUAACUGGCUGACUGACCGAGCCCAAAGGGUGCUCAUCAAUGGUUCCUCUUCAUCCUGGAGAAGAGUGACUAGUGGGGUGCCACAGGGUUCUGUCUUGGGCCCGGUCUUAUUCAACAUCUUUAUCAACGACUUGGAUGAUGGACUCAAGGGCAUCCUGAUCAAAUUUGCAGAUGACACCAAACUGGGAGAGGUGGCUAACACCCCAGAGGACAGGAUCACACUUCAAAACGACCUUGACAGAUUAGAGAACUGGGCCAAAACAAACAAGAUGAAUUUUAACAGGGAGAAAUGUAAAGUAUUGCACUUGGGCAAAAAAAUGAGAGGCACAAAUACAAGAUGGGUGACACCUGGCUUGAGAGCAGUACAUGUGAAAAGGAUCUAGGAGUCUUGGUUGACCACAAACUUGACAUGAGCCAACAGUGUGACGCGGCAGCUAAAAAGCCAAUGCAAUUCUGGGCUGCAUCAAUAGGAGUAUAGCAUCUAGAUCAAGGGAAGUAAUAGUGCCACUGUAUUCUGCACUGGUCAGACCUCACCUGGAGUACUGUGUCCAGUUCUGGGCACCACAGUUCAAGAAGGACACUGACAAACUGGAACGUGUCCAGAUGAGGGCAACCAAAAUGGUCAAAGGCCUGGAAACGAUGCCUUAUGAGGAACGGCUAAGGGAGCUGGGCAUGUUUAGCCUGGAGAAGAGGAGGUUAAGGGGUGAUAUGAUAGCCAUGUUCAAAUAUAGAAAAGGAUGUCACCUAGAGGAGGGAGAAAGGUUGUUUUCUGCUGCUCCAGAGAAGCGGACACGGAGCAAUGGAUCCAAACUACAAGAAAGAAGAUUCCACCUAAACAUUAGGAAGAACUUCCUGACAGGUAAGAGCUGUUCGACAGUGGAAUUUGCUGCCAAGGAGUGUGGUGGAGUCUCCUUCUUUGGAGGUCUUUAAGCAGAGGCUUGACAACCAUAUGUCAGGAGUGCUCUGAUGGUGUUUCCUGCUUGGCAGGGGGUUGGACUCGAUGGCCCUUGUGGUCUCUUCCAACUCUAUGAUUCUAUGAUUCUGUGAAAUAUGAUAGGAUACCUGCGGAGCCAAAGUUGAAAAAUACUGCAGAGUCCUUUUCCACCUCUGCUGCUACAGAAACCCCUGUGGUUGCUAAUGACCUUGCGGAAGGCAGCUGAUUGCUUACUGCGCCAUGUGGAUGUUUUAACAUCUCCUGGCAGAAUUUUCCAGAGGGCCGUUAUCUCAGUAGCAGAGUGCGUGGAUUGCAUGCAGAAAAUCUGUGAUAUACAGUCCCGUCCCAUCUCAGGUUGAAAAGGUAAAGUAACAGGGGAUGGGAAAGGCUCUUCUCUACCUGAGUCCCCAGGUAGCUGUUGCCAAUCAGAGUUGGCCAGAGGGGUAGAUCGGGGUCAGCAACGUUUUUCAGCAGAGGGCCGGUCCACCGUCCCUCAGACCAUGUGGUGAGCCGGACUGUAUUUUGGGGAAAAUAAUGAAUGAAUUCCUAUGCCCCACAAAUAACCCAGAGAUGCAUUUUAAAUAAAAGCACACAUUCUACUCAUGUAAAAACACGCUGAUUCAUGGACCAUCCGCAGGUGAAAAAUUAAACAAAACAUAUUAUCCAAAACAUAUCGUCCUUAAUUUUUUUCCUGUUUUCCCCCCACCCUCCCACACAGAACCCACCCACCCCCCGACUUCCCUCAGUUCCAGUCUUUGGUUUCUCUGAGACUGCUGUUCUCUGCAUGUUACAAAGUUGUAUAAAUCCUUAAAUUAUUUAACUAAUUAUUGUCAAUAAAAAGUUUGUGAAUGUUUAUUCGAAACCUGCCAAGGAGUCCAGUUCAGUUUGUUGCGUCUUCAAAUAUUUUGUAAAGGGUUCCCAUUCAUCCUUAAAGUCAUAGUUAUCCUUGUCCCAUAACUUAUGUGUCAAUUUUGCCAGUUUUGCAUAGUCCAUCCAUUUUUCUUGCCAUGAUUCUUUAGUUGGAAUAUCUUCAGUCUUCCAUCCUUGUGCUAUUAGGACUCUCGCGGCUAUUGUUGAAGAUGUUUUCCAGCUUUUUUGGCAGGUCUUUCCCUACAAUCCCUAACAAAAAUGUUUCAGGUUUUUUGACAAAUGUUAGAUGGAACAUUUUCUUCAAUUCAUUGUAUAACAUUUCCCAAAAAAAUUUAAUUACCUUACAGUCCCACCACAUAUGAUAAAAUGUCCCCUCCUUUUCCUUACACUUCCAACAUACAGUGGUACCUCAGGUUACAUACGCUUCAGGUUACAUACGCUUCAGGUUACAGACUCCACAAACCCAGAAAUAGUGCUUCAGGUUAAGAACUUUGCUUCAGGAUGAGAACAGAAAUCAUGCUCCAGCGGCGUGGCAGCAGCAGGAGGCCCCAUUAGCUAAAGUGGUGCUUCAGGUUAAGAACAGUUUCAGGUUAAGAACAGACCUCCGGAACGAAUUAAGCACUUAACCCAAGGUACCACUGUAUAUUUGAACUAGUUUUAUACAUUUUCCCUAACUGCACUGGUGUCCCAGCUCUGUAUCUUGACCAUCUGUUUUAUUUAUUUUUUACAAAAAGAUUUCUCACUAGAUAUUUUAUUGACCACACCUGUGAAGUCUGAGAAGUCUAAAGGAAACAAAGUAGGGCUUCUGGCCCUCAAGAUUAAGAGGCGAUGUACAAUACAGUUUGCCUCAUCACCUGCUGGGAGCUGAGGCUAGCUUGCAUUGCCCGCCAUCUGGGAGAGAUUUGCAAAAUCCUCUGCUGGUUUGGGGAUCCUAGCAUAGAUCCAACCUUGCUGCUCUCUGGAGACAGUCCUAAAAGGGGGGAGCCAUGACCAGACUGAGGAUUGAAGGAAAAAUAUAGUGCAAAGAAGGGGAUCAAGGAAAAAUGGGAAACUUUGAGAUGGAGGAGUCAGUCAGACUACUCUUCCCGCCAUGUACAGUAGGCCUGGGGGAAGAAAUCCGAUUUAGUUUGCAUGAGUGCUAUUUUCCUAGAGAAAGAGGUGCUGGCAUUCACCAUGAACGCCUCCCUUAUUCUCUUACAAUGGCAAUUAAACCCACCUGAGAGGUGCAGGAACUGAGUUGUGGUACGUACUGGCUGGGAGCGAAAAGAGCCCCAGUUUGCAUUUAAAAGCAAAUGUACCUAAUUUGCACUUUGCAAAACAGUAUGUGAACCGAAACAUGGCCCUAGUUCAAAAUUCGCUCUUCUCCAAAUUUUGCAAUUUCAGUACGCCAGCCAGGCUAAGUGCACAAAAAUGCAUACAGUGGUACCUUGGGUUACAGACGUUUCAGGUUACAGAUGCUUUACAGACUCCGCUAACCCAGAAAUAUUACCUGGGGUUAAGAACUUUGCUUCAGGAUGAGAACAGAAAUCGUGCGGCGGCAGUGGGAGUCCCCAUUAGCUAAAGUGGUGCUCCAGCUUAAGAACAGUUUCAGGUUAAGAACGGACCUCCGAAACGAAUUAAGUACUUAACCCGAGGUACCACUGUAUUCUAGAGGAAAGUGUGCCUAUAACUGCAGGGUUUAAUGUAAAAUAGCAUAUAAACAUGCAUUAUGUUCAGGAAAACUGCUUUGCAAAAUUUUGUUUGGAGAGGUGUGCAGUCAAAAGCUGGUGAAUUUUCAUGGGGACCUUUUUUUUAGGGGGUGAAGAAUUCUCAAGCUGACGUGGAUGUAGAAAUUGGACAUAAGACUGGGGAGAGAAAAAACCUCAAAUUGACAGAUCUGCCCCUCCAUACUCCCCAGUCAUCUGACCCCUGAGGAGUAAGGAGUGAGUCACCCUCGCUGCAGUGGCCUGAAAUGAGCCCUUGGGCCCAAGCAAGGUCUCCUUGUGAGUAACAGGCUGCCGGUAAGUAAGGACCUACGAUUGAACGAGGGCAGGGAGCCAGGAAAUGGGCCGAUUUGGAGCGUCCAGUAUUAAAAGCCAGCGAAAGGCGGAGGCCCAGGAGGAAAGCGCUGCCUCUACUCCCCAAGGUCAGAGAGGGAGCCAGGAGUCUCGGCGGAGAAGGAACACAGAGACAAUAAUGCCUUUCCCUCCGGCAGAGGCCAAAGGGACUUGAGGCAGCGCCCCACCCUUCCUCGCACCUGAAUACAAUGAAAGCAAUGCUUUUCUUUUUUAAAAAAAGAAAACCCUUCGAAACGCUAACUUUAGAAGAGAAACAAAAUGGCCGAUCAACGCCGAAUAACCAGCACAAUGUUGUUGCUGUUCAGUCGUGUCCGACUUUUGUGACCCCCUGGACCAGAGCACGCCAGGCACUCCUGUCUUCCACUGCCUCCUGCAGUUUGGUCACACUCAUGCUGGUAGCUUCGAGAACACUAUCCAACCAUCUCGUCCUCUGUCGUCCCCUUCUCCUUUUGCCCUCCCAUCUUUCCCAACAUCAGGGUCUUUUCCAGGGAGUCUUCUCUUCUGAUGAGGGGGCCAAAGUAUUGGAGCCUCAGCUUCAGGAUCUGUCCUUCUAGUGAGCACUCAGGGCUGAUUUCCUUAAGAAUGGAGAGGUUUGAUCUUCUUGCAGUCCAUGGGACUCUCAAGAGUCUCCUCCAGCACCAGAAUUUAAAAGCAUCAAUUCCUCCUCACUUUCUGCCAUCAUGGUUGUGUCAUCUGCAUAUCUGAGGUUGUUGAUAUCUCUUCCGGCAAUCUUAAUUCCGGCUUGGGAUUCAUGCAGCCCAGCCUUUCGCAUGAUGAAUUCUGAAUUCAACCAGCACAAUAGAACCUCCUUAAUGUUCUAGGGACCCAAAGUGAGAGGUUUUUUGUUGGCUGUUUAGUAGUGUUGUAGUGCACACUGGGAUUUGAGGAUGAAGGGCAGCAGGUAAGUUGUUGUUGUUAGUUGGCAUCCAUCUGUCUCGAGAGACAAUGGAGCAGAACACCUUUGGGGUUGAAGUCAAACUGCUGGAAAGUCACAGCUGCUGCUGUGGCCGUAGAGAGUGAUGCAGGAGAGAAAUGUUUUGUUGCAGCUAGGGCAGAUGAAGGCGUCCGGUUGUGCUCCUGCAGGUGCACCAGGGCACUUCUUCUCUCUGCGCUCCUCCCUGCGGUCAUUCCUCCUUUGGUCAUUGCUGUGGAUACAUGACCUGUUUGACUCCGGGCACUGCGGUCGUCUGCAAAGGAUUCCCAUGUGGUGGGGUUGAUGUUGCCAUCCUUUAUGACAUCUUUGUAGUAUAGUGGUACCUCAGGUUGCAGACACUUCAGGUUACAGACUCCACUAAGCCAGAAAUAAUCUCGGGUUAAGAACUUUGCUUCAGGAUGAGAACAGAAAUCGUGCGGCAGCAGCGGGAGGCCCCAUUAGCUAAAGUGGUACCUCAGGUUAAGAACAGUUUCAGGUUAAGUGCGGACCUCCGGAACAAAUUAAGUUCUUAACCAGAGGUACCACUAUACACUAAACUUAAUUUGUUCCAGAGGUCCGUUCUUAACCUGAAACUGUUCUUAACUAGAGGCGUGCUUUCACCAAUGGGGCCUCUUGCUGCCGCUGCACCGCCGGCACACGAUUUCCGUUCUCAUCCUGGGGCAAAGUUCUCAACUCGAGUUAACUCUUCCGGAGUUUGUAACCUGAAGUGUUUGUAACCAGAGGCGUUUGUAACUCAAGGUACCACUGUACAGAGUUAUUACAGUGGUACCUCUGGUUAAGAACUUAAUUCGUUCUGGACGUCUGUUCUUAACCUGAAACUGUUCUUAACCUGAAGCACCACUUUAGCUAAUGGAGCCUCCUGCUGCCCCCCCACAAUUUCUGUUCUCAUCCUGAAAUAAAGUUCUAAACCCAAGGUACUACUUCCGGGUUGGCAGAGUCUGUCACCUGAAGCUUCUGUAACCCGAAGCGUCUGUAACCUGAGGUACCACUGUAUUGCUAUAACCCUAGUCUGCAUAAGUGAUGGGCUGGACCACCUAUUCAUUUUCCAUGCCAUUUCUGUAGGUGCUCAGCCAUAAGUCUCUUCUACAUCCCCCUCUUUUUAUUUUUGCCUUUUCCAUUGUUUUAAACAAUACUGACUUGCAGUUGCCUUGUUGUAAUGCCCAUCAACAGGGAAGCCAGUGUGGUGCCUUCCAGAGGUUUUGGACUACAAAUCCCAUCAUCCCUGACCACUGGCAAUGCUUGCUUGGGCUGAUUGGAGUUGGGGUUCAUAAUGCCUUGAUCUAGACCAGGUUUUCCCAAGCUUAGGGACUCUACUCUAGCUGGUUUUGGACUACAAUUCCCACCAUCCCUCACCACUGGUCCUUCUAGCCUAGGGAUUGUGGGAGUUGUAAGCCAAAAACCGGAGACCCAAGUUUGGAAAACCCUGAUGUACAGCCUUGCAGCCAUAAUGCCGUGUCAAGCUAAGACAGUCACACCAUUCAUCCUCUGUACUAUCCUAACAAGGGACGCGGGUGGCGCUGUGGGUUAAACCACAGAGCCUAGGACUUGCCAAUCAGAAGGUCGGCGGUUCGAAUCCCUGCAACGGAGUGAGCUCCCGUUGCUCGGUCCCUGCUCCUGCCAAAAGUUCGAAAGCACGUCGAAGUGCAAGUAGAUAAAUAGGUACCACUCCGGCGGGAAGGUAAACGGCGUUUCCAUGCGCUGCUCUGGUUCGCCAGAAGCAGCUUAGUCAUGCUGGCCACAUGACCCGGAAGCUGUACGCCGGCUCCCUUGGCCAAUAAAGCGAGAUGAGCGCCACAACCCCAGAGUCGGCCACGACUGGACCUAAUGGUCAGGGGUCCCUUUACCUUUACCAUCCUAACAGGUGGAGGAAGACCUAAGCCCGUGAAAUAAAAUUGCUGAGAGACUGGGCUUUCUGAGGCCAAGGGGGCUGAGUGAGACUCUUGACUAGCCAUUACUAGAUAUUGAAUGCACAUUAGCGAAUACUCCCAGGUCAAGGGGAAGUUCUGUGCUGUCUAGGAUUCUUUGCUUAGCUGGUCAUUCUGGCGCUUUCCUCUGAAUUAUUCAGAGAGCCCCUUUCUCCCCUCCUCGCGGCUUAAGUGCACACAUGGUGAGCGCCAGCAUUAAUACGUCUUGUUUCUGCAAACCCAGCAAAGUACAUGCAAGUAAGCAAACAGAAGAGGGAAGAUCGACUCUCACCUAGACAGGUUUCAUGUGAGGGGAUUGGGGGGGUGGCAUUGAUCAAGCGAGUUAUCUUGCAUUAACUUCCAUCUUGCAAAGCUUCCCGUUCCCCUCAUUUUGCUCUCUAUACAUAUAUAUAUAUAUAUAUAUAUAUAUAUAUAUAUAUAUAUAUAUAAUUCAUUUUUGCCUUUAACAUAUAUCAUCACACAUAAAUCAUAAUCAUAUACCGUAUUUUUCGCCCUAUAGGACGCACUUUUUCCCCUCCAAAAAUGAAGGGGAAAUCUGUGUGCGUCCUAUGGGGCGAAUACAGGUGCGCACCGACCCCUCUCGCUCUCCAGGCUUCAGGAAGCUAUCAGCAAGCCUGGGGAGCCCGCGGGAGUUCCCGCAGGGCUCCCCACGCUGCGGAUAGCAGCCUGCCUCCCGGCGUGCAGGGUGCCCUGAAGCAGAGCGCCCUGCGCGCCGGGCAGACAUCGGCCAGCCCCACAAGCUCGGGGGACAGCGGGGAGGCGCAGCGCCGGCAUCCCGCUGUUCCCCGAUCUGGUUUGGGGGGGGGAAAUAAAGGGGGGGGAAAUUCCUCUAUUUCCCCCCAAAAAACUAGGUGCGUCCUACGGGACGGAGCGUCCUAUGGGACGAAAAAUACGGUACACAUAGGAUUCUUUGAAUCCCCAGUCUCCCCUCCACACCUUCUGUUGUUUCCAUCGUUACUCUUUUCCAACCGCAUCUUAUAAUGUUGUCCAUAUUUUCUUAAUACUUAAUUCUCACCAUAGUUCUAGUUACAUUGCAAGUGUUGUUUUAGAAUUCUGCCAAAGUUUUUAACUGUUUACAGCAGGCACCCCCAGCCUGCGGCCCUCCCAUCAUUCAGCCCAGACACUGAGGUCCAGCUCCGAGGGCCUUCUGGCAGUUCCCUCAUUGCGAGAAGUGAGGUUACAGGGAACCAGACAGAGGGCCUUCUCGGUGGUGGCGCCUGCCCUGUGGAACGCCCUCCCUUCAAAUGUGAAGGAAAUAAGCAGCUAUCCUAUUUUUUAAAGACAUCUGAAGGCAGCCCUGUUUAGGGAAGUUUUUAAUAUUUAAUGCUGUAUUUUUAACACUCGAUUGGGAGCUGCCCAGAGUGGCUGGGGAAACUCAGCCAGAUGGGUGGGGUAUAAAUAAUAAAUUCUUCUUCUUCUUCUUAUUAUUAUUAUUAUUAUCAUUAUCAUUAUUAUUAUUAUAUUAUUAUUAUUAUUUUAUUAUUUUAUUAUUUUAUUAUUUUAUUAUUAUUUAUUUUGGCCUACAUUAGCAGGAUUUUACAUACACUUGUAAAGUAACAGAACGUAUAGAUAACUUAGGAAGAUGAAAAAGUGGAGAAGUACUGGUAAGCAGUUAAAAAUAGAAUGAAAAGGCCCAUGGAAGGGAUGUGGGGAGGUCAAGAGAUUCUGAGUAAUCUCGAUAUUUGGAUUUUGUACUGUUUGAUGUUGUAUGUUUAUAGUUUUGAAAAUGAAUAAAGUAGGAAGUGCUGGAGAGGACCUCUGGCUGAGACACUGAUGAGAGCUGCUGCCAGUCUGAGUAGACAGUAUUGGUCUAGGUAGACCAGUGGUCUGACUUAACACAUCUGUCUUCCAUGCACACAUUGUCAAGGCCGUAGCUCAUGCGCAGAGCAUUUGCUUUUCAUGUGGAAGGUGCCAGGCUGAGUCUUGGCUUCUCCAUGUACAGGGCUGGGAGGGACUCCCUGCCUGAAACUCCUAGAGCGCUGCUGCCAGUCAGUGCAGGCAGCAUUGGCUGCCACCCAGAAUGGCUUAGCUUUUGCAGGGACUUGGAAAAGCCGGCAAGCCCUUCUUAGGGAAGCUUUUAAUGUUUGAUGCAUUACUGUAUUUUAAUAUUUUGUUGAAAGCUGCCCAGAGUGGCUGGGGAAGCCCAGCCAGAUGGGCAGGGUAUAAAUAAUAAAAAAUUAUUAUUAUUAUUAUUAUUAUUUAUUAUUAUUGCACAACUCUGGGGUCCAGCGCUUCCUUUGCAAAUCGCCUCCUACCUUAGCAAUGGCUCCAGGAUAUCCGGGCCAAACGAUAGCAAUAAUAGUAAAAGAGAUGCCAGCCAUAUUGCGCGUGUGUGUGUGUGUGUGUGUUGAAGCAGGGCAGAAGGAAUUGGAUUUUCUCUUUGUUUUCCUGGGGUCACUUCUCCUGCUUCAGUUUCCCUCCUCGUCUGUAGACGUGUGAAAUGGAACAAGCCCUCUGGCCUUAUUGGGAAGAGGACUCAUUCGCCUCGGGCGCUAAGCCGAUUUCGUCUUCAGCCUCUUGGCGUCUAGGAUGUAGGAAGGCUAUGAGACCGGUGGCCAGCUGGCUUUCCCCCCUCCCUUUUAAUUAUUAUUAUUUUUUAAGGGGUGGGCAUCCUUCUGAUCCAGCUCAGCCAACAGCCUUUGAAGGGCUUAUCUUGCUGUCUGCACAGAAAAUCAGCAAGCCCAAAUUAACAAGGCUCUCCAGGGGCGCAACUGUGUUUGUUUGCUCUUAUCAGCUCCUGUUCAGUGCAGAGGAGCUGGUGGAGCCUUUGUGAGAUUGUUAGCGCUUGGGGAGCUGGGAUGAGUGUCUGUCUGGCUUGUUGUGUGUAUUGCAAGAGUCGACCAUUGUGAGCACGCUUCACGUUGAUUUAAAGCAUCUGUGUGGACUGUAAGGACAGCCAGGCUUCCAAAUCGUAGAAUCCUAGAGUUGGGACCUCAGAAGCCAUCUAGUCCAACCCCCUCCAAUCCAGGUUGGGGUGUCUGUGUGUAUAAGUUAUUAUUACUUUAUUUUCAUUUAUGAAUGGCUUCCCACGAGUAGGGCUGGGCAAUACCUGGUUUUCAACAUUGUGAUAUCUCACCAGCCUAAACAUUGUGAUGUACUGGACAGAAGAACUACCCACCUUGGAAGAGUGGCAGAUGAAGGUUAUAGACUAUAUGACAUUGGCGGAGAUGUCUGGCAGAAUCCGUGAGCAGGGGAAAGAGACGGUGGAAGAAGAUUGGAAGAAAUUUAAAAUCUAUUUAAAGAACUAUCAUAAAAUUGAGGAAUGUUAAAAUGUCGAGGUUUGGAGAAAGAAAAGGAGAUUACAGCGACAUAAGAUUAAGUUGAAGGAAAAAAAAAAUAAGAAAAAUAUAUUUGAUAAAAUUAUUUAGAAUUUGCUGAAAUAAUUUUGGGAAUUGGGAUGUAGGAAGGGGAGGUUUGGGGGAGUCCGAGAAGAGAGGGUUAUGAAAAAAAAGGUUAUGAAAUUAUACAUGUUUGUAUGUCUUUUUGUUUGUUUGUAUUGUAUAAAACUUGUUUGUAGGGUUAAUAAAAAAAUUAUAUAAAAAAAAAAAAAACAUUGUGAUGUACUGAUAUAUCACAGGGUCUGAAAUAAGGACGGUGCUAUGUGGGUGACGCUGUGGGUUAAACACAGAGCCUAGAGCUUGCCGAUCAGAAGGUCGGCGGUUCGAAUCCCCGCGACGGGGUGAGUUCCCGUUGCUCGGUCCCUGCUCCUGCCAACCUAGCAGUUCAAAAGCACGUCAAAGUGCAAGUAGAUAAAUAGGUACCACUCUGGCGGGAAGAUAAACAGCGUUUCCGUGCGCUGCUCUGGUUCGCCAGAAGCGGCUUAGUCCUGCUGGCCACAUUAGCCGGAAGCUGUACGCCGGCUCCCUCGGCCAAUAAAGCAAGAUGAGUGCCACAACCCCAGAGUCGUCCGCGACUGGACCUAAUGGUCAGGGGUCCCUUUACCUUUAUGUAGAGGCAAUGGGUGGCUUCACAGUUUUUCCCCACAUUGUGAUUUUUGCAGAGCACACAAACACACACCAUGAUUCGUGAUAUAUUGCCAGGUCAAAAAUUAUGAAACAAGUAUCAUGAUAUGGAUUUCAAACCGGCUUUGGACGAUAUAUUGUUCUAUCGCCCAGCCCUACCCGCGAGGCAACUGAAAGCAAUUUAAAAUCUUACAACAUAAAACCAUUUAAACAAAAAAGUGUUUUAUACAAAAAACACUUAAAAAAAACAUAAAUACAAAAAUGUUUAAAAAAUCAUAUUAUUAUAUUUGUUUAUAUCCCGCCUUUUCCCCAGACUGGGACUCAAGGCAACUUACUCAUCUUAAAACAACAGAGAUAAAAUGCAGAAGGCUGAAUGCAUAUUGCUUAAAAGUAUUUAAAAUUAAAUUAGAACAAUAUGAAAGCAGACCUGUUAAAAUACAGAGAGUAAAAAUAGUGCAGAACUAUUUAAAAGUCCUUUCCUUAAAAUACAGGCAGUCCCCAAAAGCCUGCUGGAAUAAAACAGUCUUCACCUGACAACAGAAGGCACAGCAAAGAAAGCAGUCAGUCUAUGAUAGGAUGUACAUGAAAUCAAUUUGAAUCCAUCCAAGGUACCAACAGAGAGAAAUAUUUCAGAAGGCUCCCACAGGAGGCCGUGAUAGCCACAAGGGUCAUCUAGUCCAACCCACUGCAGUGCAAGAAACUUUUGCCCAAUAUGGGACUUGAACCCAUUUCCCUGAGAUUAAGAAUCCCACGCUCUAGCCCUCUGUGAUCUUCAGAUGAAGGGCGGUAUACAAAUUUAAUAAACCAUACUAUAAUAGGUUGCAGGCCAAUGAACCAUGAUUGAUUAAACUCUUAUGUUUGAACUAGACCUCUGAACAGCAGUGACUACAUUAUUACGUGAGCACUGUUCCACAGCAUUUGAUAUUUUCAUUUAUAUACAUUCAUUCGAAAUAAGAUGGGUUUAUGAAGCAAUUCUAUAUCCUCCCACCACGCUGAUGAAGAAUUCUAUGAAACAGAAAUAUCCGGAAUCACUGUUCAGUGUUGGACAUCAUAUUUGCUGAAUACACAAAGCUUCACAGCUUGUCUUUCAUCGCACAGAGUCUGGUACCUCGCUUCAUUUAAAGAUUUUCAGAGAGACUUUGAGACUAAAGAUUUCAUUUUGUACUUGUUAUGGUUUGAAGGAAUUCUAUAAAGAUUGUCUAUUGCAUAUGUACAUGGUCAUCGUGUUGCCUAGACAUUGCUGAACAAGCCAGGCUGACAUUUGUCCGAACCUGUGAUUUAUAUGCCAUUAGGAUAAACCGGUUUGUAAAAUAUCCCCCUCUUAUUAAUGAGGCACAUUUUCCGUGCUGCUAUAAAGAGCAUCUCUUGCAGGUUUUGCAAGCUGUUCUAGCUGAAGGUGCUCAGAAUUUCUUAUACCCUUGACCAGGGAAAGAGAUGUUCUCUGAAGGCGGCACAUCCAUCCAGUGAUUUUGCCCUACCUGGAUGAUGCAGUCCCCAGAUUGUGUGUCCUAUGGGUGCGCAGUCCGCACCAGACUUUGCCACCUUCUGCAAACUCCACCAGGAAUGCCUUUUUCCAGGACCACCUUGGCCUGGGCUGACAUCUGCCUGGAAACUCUUCAGCCGCCUCCCUCCCUUUCCCCCUCCUUUAGCGCAUUGCCAGAGUCUUGCCCCCUACAUUCCUUCCAGCUUCAGACGGGAAAUGCCCAGACACAGACUGUGUCAACAUCCCACUGCUGUGCAGAGCGGUGGGAACGAGACGUCGAGCAUCCCCGAAGCCACAUUGCUCGGAUGCUUUCUUGAAGCUUGUGCCACAGUCACCCCCAACCUUGAGCCAUGAGUCAACAACAAGGGCCAGAUGGGAGCCUUUGUACAGAGCUGGAAAAAUGAAAAGAGGGGGACACUGAUGUUCCCUUUCCUUCCUCCCCCCCCCCAAAUUUGGUGGUCUUCCACCCCUCUUGCAAACUCCAGCUUGAAGGCAGCAGAGAGAGGCGACAUCUGGUUGGCCUUAUAAUUCAUCCCUAUGUUGAUAUCACGAUUAUUCCCUGUGUAUGCUCUAUUGUGGGACUCGGGUGGUGCUGUGGGUUAAACCACUGAGCCUAGGGCUUGCCAAUCAGAAGGUCGGCGGUUCGAAUCCCCGCGACGGGGUGAGCUCCCGUUGCUCGGUCCCUGCUCCUGCCAACCUAGCAGUUUGAAAGCACGUCAGAGUACAAGUAGAUAAAUAGGUACCGCUCUGGUGGGAAGGUAAACGGCAUUUCCGUGCACUGCUCUGGUUCGCCAGAAGCGGCUUAGUCUUGCUGGCCACAGGACCCGGAGCUGUACGCCGGCUCCCUCGGCCAGUAAAGCGAGAUGAGCUCCGGAACCCCAGAGUCGGUCACGACUGGACCUAAUGGUCAGGGGUCCCUUUACCUUUUUAUGCCCUAUUGUGGUCAGUGGGACAUACUCUGAGGUCAUUGAGCAUGAGAUUGCAGGAUUCUGCAUGUGCUUCAGCACGCCUUUGCAGAGGACUGGGUUGUUAGGAAGCCAGUCCCAUUAAGUAAAUAAGCAUAGGAUUUGGGCUGCACAAUGACUUUGGGGGAAAACGCCUAAGCGGGUGGCACUGUGGUCUAAACCACUGAGCCUCUUGGGCUUGCCAAUCGGAAGGUCGGCGGUUCGAAUCCCUGCAAUGGGGUGAGCUCCCGUUGCUCUGUCCCAGCUCCUGCCAGCCUAGCAGUUUGAAAGCACAAAGUGCAGGUAGAUAAACAGGUACCGAUGUGGUGUGAAGGUAAACGGAGUUUCCGUGUGCUGCUCUGAUUUCCGUCACUAUGUCCCGUUUAGUCAUGCUGGCCACAUGACCCAGAAAGCUGUCUGUGGACAAACACGAGAUGAGCGAUGCAACCCCUAGUUGCCUUUACUUUACCUUUAGCGUUUACACAAGAAAGGGGCUUGUGAGAAGUAACAGAGCUCGAAUCUUGCCUGAUACCCAUGCCCUUCUUGAUCUUCAAAUAUCUGAAGGUGAAACAAGUGUGGCGGGCGAGUGUGGAGACUCCCUGGUCCUGAAUGAGGUAACUGUGCCCCUGAAGGACCAGGUGCGCAGCCUGGGAGUCAUUCUGGACUCACAGCUGUCCAUGGAGGCACAGGUUAAAUCCGUGUCCAGGGCAGCUGUGUACCAGCUCUGUCUGGUGCACAGGCUGAGACCCUGCCUGCCCGCAGACUGUCUUGCCAGAGUGGUGCAUGCUGUGAUUAUCUUCCGCUUGGACUACUGCAAUGCGCUGUACGUGGGGCUACCUUUGAAGGUGACCCAGAGACUACGUCUAAUCCAGAAUGCGGCAGCUAGACUGGUGACUGGGAGCGACCACCGAGACCACAUAACAUCGGUCUUUAAAGACCUACAUUGGCUCCCAGUACAUUUCCGAGCACAAUUCAAAGUGUUGGUGUUGACCUUGAAAGCCCUAAAUGGCCUCAGUCCAGUAUACCUGAAGGAGCGUCUCCACCCCCAUCAUUCAGCCCGGACACUGAGGUCCAGCGCUGAGGGCCUUCUGGCAGUUCCCUCACUGCAAGAAGCCAAGUUACAGGGAACCAGGCAGAGGGCCUUCUCGGUAGUGGCACCUGCCCUGUGGAACGCCCUCCCACCAGAUGUCAAAGAGAAGAACAACUACCAGACUUUUAGAAGACAUCUGAAGGCAGCCCUCUUUAGAGAAGCUUUUGAUGAUUAAUAGAUUACUGUAUUUUAAUGCUUUGUUGGAAGCACCCAGAUGGGUGGGGUAUAAAUAAUAAAUUCUGUUCUAUUCUAUUCUCUAGUCAGGGGUGUUCUAGCUGAGAUUCCCACAUUGCAGGGGGUUGGACUAGAUGACCCUCUGAGCCCGUUCCAAGUGAGCAAUUCUGUGAUUCCUCAUCCCAAUAUUGCACCUAUCUUCCCUGUCCCGUUGCCCAAUGGGAAGGGGAUUUAAAUUGUUGGGGGCACUAUGAGGAAGAGAAUUAUUCCCAUCUCCCAGCCCUGUGCCUCUAGUCCCAAAUUGGGGAACCCCAAGACUGCCUUCAAGUUGGGAGAAAGAGGUCGUAUCAGCCCCUGUGGGUCUCCACCUUGCCCUUUGACAACUGGGUCUCCUAUUUUCAUUUGUCCAAGAAUUGCAUUGAUUUAAACAAAGGGUAUUCACGGUGGAGCUUCCCAACAUCCACGAACGAGAAGGAAGGUUUGGCAGGCGGGGGAGAGUCUCCCAUUCUUUUAAGGGUGGAGAACGCCAGCCCUCCCCCCUUUCUCCCAUUCAAAGCUAUUUAAAGACCAUCUCGCACAAAAAGCCUUUGAGCCGAUGGCAGAGAUAUGAUUGCAUAACUGGGCGACGUUGUAUUGUUCCCUUUGCAUUGUAUUGGGACAGGACUCUGCAGAACACAAAAAUAAGUUGCACUGUUUUGCAAAGGGCUGGUGGUCAGGUUUGCCCCACAAGAGAUUCGAAAGCAUUGUUAGAGCACACCAGUGUUUGAAACUCAGGUAUACAGUGGCACCUCGGGAUAAGAACUUAAUUCGUUCUGGAUGUCCGUUCUUAAACUGAAACUGUUCUUAACCUGAGGUACCACUUUAGCUAAUGGGGCCUCCCACUGCCGCCAUGUGAUUUCUGUUCCCAUCCUGAAGUAAAGUAAACCCAAUGUACUACUUCCGGGUUAGCGGAGUCUAUAACCUGAAGCGUUUAUAACCUGAGGUACCACUGUAUUAGCUAAUUGUCAAAUGGCACCUUAAACCUAGGUUGCGGAAUAUCUAGGCACUAUUUUUUUCUCAGUGAAAUUUCUUCUUCUUCUUCAUUAUUUCAUUUAUAUACAGUGGAUGCUCGAGUUGCGAACGUGAUCCGUGCGGGAGGCACAUUCGCAACCCGCAGCGUUUACAACCCGCCAUGCCCUGCGCACGCGUGGGUUGCAAUAUGGCGCUUCUGCGCAAAGCGCAAUUUAGCACUUCUGCGCAUGCACGACCUCUGAAACCUGAAAGUAACCUGUUCCGUUACUUCCGGGUUUCGGCGCGUCUGUAACCCAAAAAAACACAAUCUGAAGCGUCUGUAACGCAAGGUAUGACUGUACUGCUUUAUAUUUUAAAGAAAAAACCUCAAAGCAGUUUACAACACAUUAAAUCGUCAGAUUAAACAAUCCAGAAUAAAACAAAUCCAAGCUUCAAGGAAAUAUUUCACAUCCUUCUCCAAGUGACAUUUUGCUUUCCCCGUAUUUAUUUACCUGCUCAAUUUAUGGAACUGGACUCUAGGAGGCUAGGGGGGUGUCGUUGUUAGAGUGUUGGACUAAGACCUGGGAGAUCAGGGUUCAAAUCUCCACCCAGUCAUGAAGCUCACUGGGUGAAAGCAGAGCAUAGUAGUAGUAGUAGUGGUGGUGAUAAUAAUAAUAAUUUUAUUAUUUAUACCCUGCCCAUCCGGCCAGGUCUCCCCAGUCAUCUCCUCAGUCAAUCCAUGAAUUUGUCUAAUUCUCUUUCAAGGCCAUCCAAAUUGGUGGCCAUCUUUGUCUCCUGUGGGAGCAAGUUCCUACGCGCUGCAUAAAGGAGGACUUUAUUUUAGCUGUCCUGGAUCAUCAUGAGACGUCCACAAUUUCUAGUGUUAUGAGAGACGGAGACAAACUUUCCUCGUCUGCUUUCUCCAGGCCAGGCAUAAUCUCUGAACUAAAAAGGCCCCAAGGCUGCAGCCUCUCUGCAUCGAGCUGCUUUCUUUCCUCACAAUAAAUUUGUUUUGCUGAAUUUCACUCCAUGAGAUAGUAAGGCAGGGGAAGCUGAAGUUCGGCAAGGUGACAGAGCAAAUCCACCCAAUGGAGCGGUUCAAGGGGGGAAGGGCAACCCAAAAAGCUUGUCCAGCGCACACAGAAGGAGAACUUCUCGCACAUCUGUUCAAAAGGAGCACGCUGGAUAAAUACACCUAUUGCCCCCCACCCGCAAGCUGUUCUCCAUGAACAAAUUUCCGGGAAAACCUGGAAAAUCUUCCGCGGUGAGAGAGAUGGAAAAAACCAACUCACAGAGCUCAGGAAAUGAGAGAGGAGCUGUCAGGCAGGAAGAGAAGGGAUGGUCGGUCCAAAACAGACGUUGCAGCUUGACUUAGCUGUCCCUUCCCAUAGAACCCUCAACAAAACAUCACCCCCCCACCAAAGAUAUGAAAUUAAAGCUCACUAGCAAACUUGCAGGAUGUGGGUGGCGCUGUGGGUUAAACCACAGAGCCUAGGGCUUGCCGAUCAGAAGGUCGGCGGUUCAAAUCCCCGUGAUGGGGUGAGCUCCCAUCACACAGGAAGCUCCUGCAGCCAAUCAGAAGCCUGGUUGGAUGUUCAGCUUCCAAAAACAGUUUGCAAACUGGAACGGUCACUUCCAGGUUUCGAUCAUUUAGGAGCCAGUUUGUUGGGGAGCCAAGGCGUUCGAGAUCCAAGGUACGACUGUAUACAAAUGAAUUAAAUAAAAUAAAUAGAAACCAAUUCCACAAUGAACUCCUGUCAGGAAGUACCCUUCAUGAGAAAGCGCUCCUUGAAAUGUUGUUGUUGUUUAGUCAUUUAGUCGUGUCCGCCUCUUCGUGACCCCCUGGACCAGAGCACACCAGGCACUCCUGUCUUCCACCGCCUCCCACAGUUUGGUCAAACUCAUGCUGGUAGCUUCAAGAACACUGUCCAACCAUCUCGUCCUCUGUCGUCCCCUUCUCCUUGUGCCCUCCAUCUUUCCCAACACCAGGGUCUUUUCCAGGGAGUCUUCUCAUCUCAUGUGGUGGCCAAAGUAUUGGAGUCUCAGCUUCAGGAUCUGUCCUUCCAGUGAGCACUCAGGGCUGAUUUCCUUCAGAAUGGAUAGGUUUGAUCUUCUUGCAGUCCAUGGGACUCUCAAGAGUCUCCUCCAGCACCAUAAUUCAAAAACAUCCAUUCUUCGGCGAUCAGCCUUCUUUAUGGUCCAGCUCUCACUUCCAUACAUCACUACUGGGAAAACCAUAGCUUUAACUUUCCUUGAAGUGAGGAAGGGGCAAAUUUCUUACGUGACUAUGAAUUUGCCAGCCAAAACCUCUGGUCUUUACUACGGUAUAUUUUCAAUUGUCUCAUAAGACUCAUGACCGUGAGGUUUUUUUCUUGCGACUCAAAUAUACGAGGUCAAUGUUAGGGCCGAUAUUACAGGCACGGCUUAUUAGCAAGUCAAUAGUUAGCUUCAUUUUAAAAACAGUAAUCUUUCUCCCCGCUCACCGGCUUUCAGGUUUGAAGCGAAAGGUAUGCAGAGCGAGAAGCUAACCCAGUACUAAAAGGGCAUCUUUUGUGGUUCAAAUCUCUCAAAUUAAAUGGUGUGCUCAACCUUUGCAAAUCUGUUUCUGUCAGCCUGGAAGAACUUGGCAAAAAAAAAAAGAGGGUCUCUUUGUUCAGCUUCGGGCAUCAGCCCUGCCCAGCGAUAAUUUAUAGGAACAUAAAUUCAGCUUUGUUGGAACCGAAAAUCAGUAGGGACUGCGCUGCCAUUAAAGGAAGAUGCCACACUGCAAUUCUGCUGGUGGCUCACAGUUCAGUGUUAGAGCAUCUGCUUUGACAUGUACAAGGAGAAGAAGAAGAGUUUGGAUUUGAUAUCCCGCUUUAUCACUACCCAAAGGAGUCUCAAAGCGGCUAACAAUCUCCUUUCCCUUCCUCCCCCACAACAAACACUCUGUGAGGUGAGUGAUGCUGAGAGACUUGAGAAGUGUGACUGGCCCAAGGUCACCCAGCAGCUGCAUGUGGAGGAGCAGGGAAGCGAACCCGGUUCACCAGAUUACGGGUCUACCGCUCUUAACCACUACACCACGCUGGCUCUCCAAGUUCAGCCCCUGGCAUCUCCAGGUUGGGUUGCGAGAGGCUCCCCUGCCUGAAAUCCUGGACAGCCCCUGCCAGUAGGUUUAGGAGAUACUGAACUAGCUGGAUCCAUGUUCUGACUCAUGAUAAGGCAGCCUCUUUUGACAGACCAUCAGUAUUGUCUCUUCUGAUGCACCACGACUCUUCCAAUUCUCAAAGCAGAGACCUCCCCAAGCCCUGCAAGCUGAUGGUCCUUCAAGUCAGAAUGGAGAACCUACAGGCUCCUAGAUGUUGACAGGACACUGACAUUACAGGACUACUGGAAGCAGCUUCCCAGGGUUUCAGACAGGGUCCCCAACUCUAAUUGGAGUUGCUGGGGGAUGCUCAAGAGAUGCUUAGAGAGCCAGUGUGGUGUAGUGGUGAAGAAUGGUGGACUCGUAAUCUGGUGAACCGGGUUCGCUUCCCCGCUCCUCCACUGCUGGGUGACCUUGGGCCAGUCACACUUCUCUGAAGUCUCUCAGCCUCACUCACCUCACAGAGUGUUUGUUGUGGGGAAGGAAAGGAAAGGAGAUUGUGAGCCGCUUUGAGACUCCUUCGGGUAGUGAUAAAGUGGGAUAUCAAAUCCAAACUCCUCCUCCUCCUCUUCUUCUUCUUCUUCUUCUUCUCAACCACUAAGGCCCUUCCUCAAGACAUUUUCAACUGAGAAUAAGAGCUCUGUGCCUGGCAAACGGGCCCUGGGUUUCCAAGGCUACCAUAUGGUGCUUUUCGUGAACAUUUAUUUCCCUGCCAGCCACCGAUCCCAUCCCAGACUAGGCUAGAAGCCUUCGCCCCAGCCACCCCCUGCCCCAGCUAUCUCGUAGAGCGAGGCCCGUCACGAACCUGUUACCCUUCUUGGCCUUGUCUGGGCCGGGUUGAUAAGAGCAGGAGGCAGAGUUCCUCCAUCCGCUUGGCCCGAGUCAGAAAAUUAUUUUUAUCUAGCCAGCGCCUUGGGAGCAGAGCAAGCAACACAUCCUCAAACAGCUUGUCCCCUCGGAGGUUUGUGUGCGAUAGGGAGCAAGAACUGCGUGUGGGUUUUGAGAAUGGUUUUAACCUCUCCCUGGCGGCAAAGACAAGUGUUUAUUAUCUUCAGCUCAAAGGCCAAAGCACCGUCAGUUAACCCUGCCCUGGUGACCCGUCAAGGGAGGAAUGAAACUUGGACCUAGGAAUGCGCAAAUAUCUCAAUUUCGGUUUCCCAUUUUUCCGACCUUAGCUCCAGUCCUUAACAUUUCCAUGUCGGUUUGUGAUUUAUUUGCCUGUUUAAAGUCCUCCUGAAAAGUCAUCACCGUUUUAGUGCAAAAUUCUCCUAAGACGCCCAUUUCUGCCUGCAAUUUUCGCAAGCGUAUACAUUUUUGCUGCGCAAUAUCCCUUCAAACGAUGCAUUUUUACAUAGGCAAUUUGUGCUGAGCAAACUAGGCAUCUUCAGACAACUUGGAGGUUUGUUUGCAACAGCAGGAAAGUUCUGCUUCUGACCGGAUUUUGAUUUUGGUGAGAUUCAUUGCUUCCCUUGCUUACGGCAAACAAUUUUUUAAAAAAUCCAGGGAGUAGAGAAAUACAACUCUGGGACCUUCUCUUCUUCACAGUCUCCCUCAUACCUCAGCUGCCCUUGAGAGAGUCUGCAAAGAAGCCUUUGAUUCCUUUAACCCCUUGCUCCCACUUAAUCGGAAAAGGCUGCAGAGGGGAAGCAGGGAUUUUCCCAAAGCCCAGCUUACAGUCCCCACACUCAGGAGUGUCAGUGGUUCCUCAGACAGCCCUGCCUCGCAUCCCACCACCUCUAUGGCUCCAUGCCACUGACGUUGGCGCAAGCAAGCUCAGGACAGGCUGGGCAGGGUGUGUCCCCCUCCUGCUCCUCCCGAAGUUAUUCUUUUGCAUUUCCCUUUCCUGCUAUUAAUAGACUCUGAGCCAGCCUUAAGCGCCGUGUCACCAAAGGUGGCUGGACGUAGAAGGAAGUUGCCCAGAUAGGAAAUGGCCCCAAGACAAGAAUCAGGAACGCGAUGCAAGAGGACCCCCUAAAUGGCUCAGAUGAAGGUGGAGGAGGGACGGAAGGAAUGAGACGAGUCUUUUUCCUUUCUUGCGUUUGUUUUUGUUUUGUUUUUAAGUCUUUGGUGUUCUGCUCCAAUAUGGCCUUAAAUAGAAAUAUUUAUAAUACAGUGGUACCUCGGGUUAAGUACUUAAUUCGUUCCGGAGGUCCGUUCUUAACCUGAAACUGUUCUUAACCUGAAGAACCACUUUAGCUAAUGGGCCCUCCUGCUGCCGCUGCGCCACUGCCAUGCGAUUUCUGUUCUCAUCCUGAAGCAAAGUUCUUAACCCGAGGUAAUAUUUCUGGGUUAGCGGAGUCUGUAACCUGAAGCGUCUGUAACCUGAAGCUUAUGUAACCUGAGGUACCACUGUAUUUGGAAUGAGUUUAGACAGAAUGUAAUACAUUGUGAAUAACCAGAGUUGUAUCAGGAGUAUAACGUUAUUUUUCUUUAUAGGACAGGGUACGGAAAUGUAUAGAUUUUACCUACUGUAUAAUUUUUGCCCCUUUCUUUUUGAGAAUUUGUUUUUCCUUUUCCUUUAUCACUUAUGUCUUUAUGAAUGAGAUUGUUCUAAUAAAAUACACAAACAAACAAACAAACAAACAAACCAAUAGCGAAAGCUUGCCUCUAGGUAUAACUGCUCUAUCCUGACUCGCAACCAACAGUUCAGGAUCUCAAUCUGAACUAGAGGAAAUCUGUGUCUCUCGUAGGCCUGGGUCAAAUUCAAAGUGCAAGCACAAAGCUUAGGAGACUGAAGCCCAGGGGCCAGAUUUCCUCCCAGCCCGUCUAACUGCCCCCCCCCCCACUGACCCUCCUUUGCGCCCCAAAUGUUUUUUGCCUGACUGGAAUAUGCCCUUGAACAUGUUCCUUGCUUGGCUGGAUGGAGGAUAAAGAGUGUGUAUGCAAUAUUUGUAUCCAUUGCUCCACCCAUUCCCCCCCCCUCUGGCCCUACCCACCCGUGGCAUGUGUGGCCCUUGGGUGCUUGUCCAUGUGGCCCUCAGACAGAAAAAAGGUUUACGAUUCUCCUUGCACUGACUGUACUUUGGCUCAUAGCUUGUUGUUUCAGCCUCUAUCUCACAUGUCAAGCAACGGUUAUCCCAGGGUAGCUGGCAGCAUGUAAGCCAAUUGUUUAUACCAGUUUCUGGGAAUCGCACGCCAAGAGAGAUCUGUUGUCCUCAGGUCCUGCUCGCAAGGAUGCCUGGUUGGCCGCUGUGGAACCAGGAUCUUGAUGGGCAUUGGCCUGAUCCUGCAAGGAUCUUCUGCAGGAAUCUCGACUGAAGCAUCCAUGGCAGAGGCCCACCUAUCCUCUGCUUAGUAAAAGAUGUUAGCAAUGAUUAUGUCCUUCAGAAGGUUGUAGCGAGGGGAGAAAGAGAGCAAGUUAACCGUUUCCAAAACAUGCCUAACUCUCUGGGUCUUUUUAGGAACUACCACAGCUGGAACCAUGAGUGGCACGUCGGUGAGGCCCACAAGCAGUGCUAAUUCCACCACCUUAACCCCCGGAAGUACUGCUCCUCCACCGGCAAAUGUGGCGACCCUGAAGACCACCGUCUCUGCUACUACAGCCAAAAGCAGUGUCUUGACAACUGCAGGAAGCCCCCCACUGCGUACGCCCACGGGGACCAUUAAUAAACCCACAGACACAACUUCAAGUGGAGUCAAGGGAUCUCCUGUCGCCAUAGCUACGUCAGUGGCUGCAACCACCCCCAAACCACCCUCUGCAACUGUAGCGCCGUCGACCAAAACUACACCUGCGGCCCCCCGAGAGACGACAACGUCCUUGACAGGCGCUGGGUCAAAAGCAGUGGCCUCGACGCCACACUCUGGCGUUGUGGUGACAAGUGCCCUGACUCUGAAGCCAGGCAGUUCAGCUGCUGCCACUCCAGGUACUGUACUCAGAUCCUUGGCCCAUCUAGUCUAGUGCUGUCCACACUGGCUGGCAGCAGUGGUGGUGGUUGUUGUUGUUAUUUAUUAGUUAAAUUUAUAUACCACCCUUCGUCAAAAGAGGGCCUUCUUGGUAGUGGCGCCCACCCUGUGGAACGCCCUCCCAUGAGGCUGAGAGUUCAACAGGUGCAGCGGAAGAGACGCCAGUGUGAAAGGUGGCUGUGAGCCCAGACUGCAAGGUGCUUUAUUCAGAAAAAUCCCUGCCUUGUUCUCGGGUGAAAAGAAAAACUGACCAUGAAAGUCGUGGUUUUGCUAAUAAUAAUAAUAAUAUUUUAUUUAUACCCCGCCCUUCCCGGUUCAAAAACCGGGCUCAGGGCAGCUAACAACAAAUUUAAAACACCUUAAAACACUGAAUUAUAAAAGCAGCAUACAAUACAGUAUAAAAACAUGAAUAACAGUAAAAUUCAAAAUUCAAAAAUCAAUUAGCUAAUAAUAAUUAUUAGGAGGGAGUGCUGGUUUUCCUUACCCUGGCUUUUUUCUUUUUAAACAGGGAAGAGCCCAGGCACAACGCCAGGUUCAGGAAGCGUCACCACUGUUGCUUCUACAACAGAGAAAUCUACAAGCAAGGCCGUCGUCCCUGCUGCAGCGCCCACAGAGAAGCCAAAGAAAGCCGAGUCAACAACGAGAACGGCGACAACGAAAGAACUUGUGGGGACGGCGGGCAGCACAGCCACGCAUACGGCGGGAGCGGUUCCACCACCGCCCAGUUCAAGUUCUGGGACUUCAGUCACAAGGAAGACCCCCUCAGCCUCUCCGCAGCCCCCCGUCGCGUUUCCCGAUACUUCUUUCGUAGCCCAGACCAAGGUACCCAGGGCUCAGCCCAAAGCAGUAUAUCCUUUAACUCUCUGCUUCCUUCUGAGGGAGUUUUCCCCCUGUGUGCUUUGGUUGAAGGUCUCCCUGCUAUGUACAAGGCCAGGAGGAAGACAGGUGAAACCUUUCCGUUUCUUUCCCCCUUCAAAUUAUACACCGUUUUGGUUCCGCUUGCUCAGUAAAGAGCUCUCAGGACUUUUCUUUCUGGGUUCCAGCUGCGUUAUUUCCCUGCAGAGCCAAACGAGGGUGAGGCCAGAGGUUUGCAUUCGUGGACAGCCUUUGUUUUCGUUAGAGAUACUGUGUUGUUGUUUUUUGUUCCAUUCCAUGGGAAUUCGUUCAGACUUUUUGUUGUCUGGUUUUCCCCUAGAUUGUUUGUGAAAAAGCGGUGCCACCAGAAGACCAGGCAAUCAUUUUGACCUUGAACCAAUCCACGCCAUGUGUAAGUACCUCCCAAGGCGUCUCUUUUUGGUGGUCUCAUAUGAUUAGAAUUUUAUGGAGCUCCUCUCCUUGGGGGAAAAAAAGCACUAUUUAUCCUGGGGAGAUAAAUAGCGCGUGUUAAGUUGUGGGCGAACAUAUCAGACGACACAGCGAUUCUUCCAAAGCAGCUCUUUAUUUGUAAGCUGGAACAGAACUGAACUGAGGAGCUCUGUCAGCCUGCUUAUAUAGAGCUCCAGAACAAUGUAACUGUUGCCAUAUUCUGUAACUAUCCAAUCACUGAAUGUCACUUUCAAUCCUUCAUUUGCAUAACUAUCUACAGUAUCCCCCUGCUGGCCCAGGGUGAGAACUUCAGUACAUAACAGUGCUUUCCCUUUUGGAUCGUUUUCUGCAGACCCUCAAGUUUAAACAAUGCUCAGCGUUCAGUUUCUUAAAAUUGUUAGGCUGUGAUAGCUCCCCGGUUGGCCUCAUACUUUACUCACUGCUGCCGCCACCUGGCCACAAGUCCCUUCUUUGCCAUCUCCACUACCCUGGAAAAAGCAACCCCCCCCCCCCUCUUUUGGAUACAAUUUAUUAAUUUUAUGAUAACAAAAAUACAAUAAAAAAACCCCCCAAAGAACAUCACAAUCAAAAUCAUACAUCUUAAUUGACUUCCCUCCAACUCCUCCUCCUGGUUCCAAUUUUUUUUUACUUAUUUAUACUUGUCCACAGAAUCUCACACUCUUAACUAUCCAGUUUUCAAACCUUAUGCAUAUUAUUACAAGUGACCUUUAAAAGUUCAACUAAUGUGGAAAUCAAUACGCAAAGCUUACUGAUAAUGCCUGAGCACCAGCAAACCCUCCUGAGUGGAUUUUAACACUCAGGCUAGUUGGUCCCAAGCUGUCCAUGCUAGUACCAGCACCUUUAAUUAGUGAGAUCCCACCUCCUCGCCGCUCCAGAUAGCAAACUGCUCGUAGCAUUCUGCAGAUUCCAGACACUCUUCGAGGAUUGCCCCGCUUGCCACACAAUUGCAGCAAUCCAACUGGGUGUAGUUACAGCGGCCAGGUACCUACCUCAGCCGGUGUAUUUGCAUAUGGGAAUGGAUUCGCAUUUUAACUUGAAGUGGGUGGUUUGAAAGGCGCCAGAACAAGCUCUGAAUUGUCAGUAUCGACUAAAAAAACCCCAUCCAGCUGCGAUUUUUAGGACUUAAAUAUUUGCAGGGUGCACUCUGCAAAGUGCUUGAUGCAAUGCCCAGCAGGUUAGUCCUACAAUUCAGCUAAAAAUAGACAGCGGGUAAAGUACAGUUAUGGGGGCUUCCAGUUUCCAGUACCCUCCCUCCUGCCCCUGUCCCUUGUGAGUUGAGUUGCAAGCGUGUGAAUCAAGUGUCUUUCAGCUCAUUAUGGCAGCUGUGAUAUCAUCUUUUCCGGCAGCCAAGUCAGGAAGUCUGCAGGUCUGAUUUUCGCAGGGACAUAACCGUUGUCGGAAAUAAUCGCUAACGACAAGCGCCAAUUGCGUUUUGAAAGAGACCCUCGUGAAAUCCUCCAGAACUGUCUAACCCCACAGUUAUUUGGGGUGUUCUGGGGGUAUUCCCACAAUAGCAAUUUCCUUUCCCUCACCUUCCUUCGCUCCCCUGCAGGGCAAGAUUCAGCUGUGAAAUAAUGGGUGUCUUCCGUUCAGGCCUCUCUUAGGAGGAGGAGAAAUGAAUAAAAUAACCCUCCUUUGUCCCAGGUGGUUCUCAACAGAUAACAAGACCCUCUGAGGCUUGGAGUAGACAAACAGGUCAAUUUCUUUCAGUUCCCGGGUUUCUUCAGUCUUAAUUUUAGUUUUCCACAUAUAGGUGUCAGUUUUGCAAAUUUGUUUUGUCUUCUUUUUUUAAAAAAAUGCCUCAGUGUGCAUUUCCCCUCACAUAAACAUUUGUCUGUGCACGUUGGCUUGCAAUGUGCAUUUUUGUUAUUUUCACCAAUCUAUGCACACUUCCUCUUGAAAUGUGGUUGGACGUUUGCAGUGCAACAUUUCGGUAAAGUGUUCGUUUUGAAGGAUAGUUGCAUUUCAGCCCCUGUGCCGUUCCAGGAAGGGCAAAUUGGGUUCACGGCAAAAUUCAAACAGAGCCUGUUUUCCUCCCUUCCCCCCAGUCCUACCUGAGGCGUUCCACCCCACAUUGAAAGCAGCAGCAGAUCAUGUAGAUCGGUGGGAAGCAAUUUCGGUGGAUGGGUCAGUGAAGAAAGCCAAACCCGGAUUUGGGUCUUUCCUAACACAUUCCUCGAGGGCUCAGAUGACCCACUUGCCUCAUUCCAAGUUCCUCUUCACGAGGGUCACAAAGACUCCUUCCAUUUGGGGUCGUUUUCAACACUUGUUGCAACGUUCCUGCUCCUAGUAAAUGCAUAGGGUUGCUUUGUUGUUUAGUCAUUUAGUCAUGUCUGACUCUUCGUAACCCCCUGGACCAGAGCACACCAGGCACUCCUGUCUCCCACUGCCUCCCGCAGUUUGGUCAAACUCAUGCUGGUAGCUUCGAGAACACUGUCCAACCAUCUCGUCCUCUGUCGUUCCCUUCUCCUUGUGCCCUUCAUCUUUCCCAACGUCAGGGUCUUUUCCAGGGUUGCAAUUGGUAUAUAAAGUCCUUAAUGGCUUGGGCGCAGUUUACUUGAGGUAUUGCCUUGCCAAUAUAUGCCCAACCAACAGCUCCCAUUUGAGGUAAAGAUAAAGGAACCCCUGACCAUUAGGUCCAGUCGUGGCCGACUCUGGGGUUGCAACGCUCAUCUCGCUUUAUUGGCCGAAGGAGCCAGCGUACAGCUUCCGGGUCACGUGGCCAGCAUGACUGAGCCGCUUCUGGCGAACCAGAGCAGCGCACGGAAACGCCGUUUACCUUCUCGCCGGAGCGGUACCUAUUUAUCUACUUGCACUUUGAUGUGCUUUCGAACUGCUAGGUGGGCAGGAGCAGGGACCGAGCAAUGGGAGCUCACCCCGUCGCGGGGAUUUGAACCACCGACCUUCUGAUCGGCAAGUCCUAGGUUCUGUGGUUUAACCCACAGCGCCACCCGCGUCACAUAAUCCCUGUUCUGCAUUUGUAAGGACUCGAUCUUUUCGUGUGGCAUCACUUAACACUUUGGAACUCCCUGCCUGUUGACACCUGCCUUCACUAUACUUUUCCCUUCAGGAAAUGGCAAAGUUACAAUGGUUUCCCUCGUUUGCCUAGUGACGCCCAAAAUUGGGUGUGGAGUUGACAUUUGCAAGGGAGCCUUUUUCUGGAAGUUUUCUUAUUCUCCUCCAAACUCUGCCCUGAUAGAUAAAGAAGAUAAGGAAUCAGUGGGAGGGUGAGGGUGAAGCAUGCCUCUUUCUUAUUACCAGCUGUUUCUUAUCACCAAAUGCCCCUUAUGCCAAUUUGGCAUUGUACCUCACGUGCGUCUUUAGCCGAGCUAAAGGCUGCUUAGUUCCAGCCUUAAACUUGUGGGAAUCUCAGAUUACAGUGGUACCUCUGGUUGCGGACGGGAUCCGUUCCGGAGGCCCGUUCGCAACGUGAAAAACCCGCAACCUGAAGUGCCGUAUCUGCGCAGGUGUGUGGUACGAUUUGGUGCUUGUGCGCAUGCGCGAAGCGCAAUUUAGCACUACUGCGCAUGCGCAAGCGGCAAAACCCGGAAGUAACCCUUUCCAGUAUUUCCAGGUCGACACAAGACACAAUCUGAAACAGAGUAACAUGAAGCAAACUUAACAUGAGGUAUGACUGUAUUCUCUCUUUCUUGCUGGGGGGAGUUGUCUCCUGAGCCUUUAAUGUACCAACCUGGUCCAAAAACCCAGGAACCAAAUUCCUGCUAUAACUCCAACAUGCUCAGGGUUUGAUGUCUGACCGUUUGGGGUCAGUGUGGGGGGUUUUCUUCCUUCCACCCCACCCUAAUCUCUCUCUCUCUCUCUCUCUGAUUCAGCAUGUGUUUGGUGCUCGGUUUGUUGAUUCAAGUGACAUUACCUCAUUCUGGGGAAGGGAUGUUAGUUUUAGAUUCCUGCUAGUGUGGGAAUUCGAUUAGCUCAGAUUGCCCAGGCCUGUUAAGUCUCGCCAAAGAAUGUGCAAUGCUUGAAAGGCCAUAGAGGGGUGCAAAGUGGGUUUUGGGGGGGAGGAAGGGGUGGGGGAAGGGUACCGGACUGGCCUCAUCCAGUCGGCGCAAUCCCAAAGGAAGCUUCAACAGCAUUUAUGUAUGUGGCUGCAGCAGCAAGGAUUCCCUGUGCAUAGAAAUGGAAGGAGGAAAGAGCAUCUUCAAAGGGACAACGGUUGAUGAAAAUCUUGGAAUAUGCAGAGGUGGCAGAAUUUAAAGCACUGAUAAAAGAGACAAAUUUAGAAUCUUUUAAGGAAGACUGGAAACCCUCUCUAGUCUAUAUAAAAAGGCAGUUUCCCAUACCUGAGGACCACAGCAGUGUAAGAAAACAGCAGACUGUAUUAAGCAGCAUGUUAGAGAGAAGGAAAUUAGACAAGAAGGAACCUUAAAAUGCAUCUGUAUGUCAUUUUGGUUAGAAACAUCGGUGUUGGCUGAGCAGGAAGUCGCUAGUUUUGUUGCAUUGGAAUAUACCGUAUUUUUCUGUGUAUAAGACAGUGCUUUUUGCUAAGAAAAAAUUAGGCAAAAAUUCAGUUUCGUCUUAUACACUGAUAGUGAAUGCAGUGGGGCGGAACGUGUGAUUAAUGGCGGCAGCAAGCAGGAGAUUGGCAGCGGUGAUUGGGCGGGUGAUUGGUGGCUGCGGCAAGGCCUGCUGGUGAUUGGCUGUGACAACUGGGCAGGUGAUUGGUGGCUGUGGCAAGGUGGGCAGGCGAUUGGCGGCUGCGCCGAGGUGUGCGAUUGGCAGUGGCUGUGGCAAGCGAUCGGCAGUGGCAGGCAGGCGGGCGAGCGAUUGGUGGAAGCGACCUCCCCCACCCCACCACAAAAAAGCCAAACAACUUAAUUUCUUAAUUUCUUAAUUUUGGGUUAAAAAAAAUUAGGGGUCGUCUUAUACAUGGAGGCAUCUUAUACAUGGGAAAAUACGGCAAUUGUUGAGUAACAAAUGUAACUUUCAUGUAUGGAAAAAAGAAUAAAAUGUUAUUAAAUAACAAAGAGCAAAAAUGCCCACUGUUCAGGAGAAUCCUUUCAAUAGUUGGUAGUAGCAAUUCUGAGCAUGCACAGAGUUCUUUCCCUCAUAAAUCAAUGAGAGAGAGAGAGAGACCACACUCCCUUUCCCACCCCUUCCCCAUCCUCAAACCCCCUCCCAUCUCAGCCUGUCCUCUUCCAACCCCUUCUCCUUAUCCUCGCAUUUUGUCCCUGAGUAGCUUUGUUUAAAAUCCUAAAUUUGCCACAGUGUGUCAGUUUUAACUUUGGAAAGGGAAAGGGAUAUGAUCUAGUUUUGUUUUGUUUUUAUUUUUGAGUGAGGGGAGGCAAUGUUCAGGCGCAGCCCUGUUCUCCUGGAGACCUUGACCCCCUCCCCAUUAACAAUCCAUCUUAACAAUGCCAUUCCACGCCCAGGGACUGUUCCUUCCUGUCUGGCAGGCCGUGGCGUCCUGUCCCCGUCCCUUAGCACCUCCAAAGAGUCUUUCUCCAAAUAUUUAGACAAAGCAGUGAGCAAUCCGGGACAUCGAUUUCCCCCUUCGGCCUUACCCACCCAGGAAAAGAAAGCGAGAAAGAGCUUUGCUCUGCUUUCAGCUGCCUCAACUGAGGAACCCCUGUCUCUCCUGGGGAGGAAGAACAGAGACAUUUCGCUCGCAGACGUAACUGCUACCACAUAAAGCGAGCUCUGCAUUUGCAAAGAAAAAAAAUCCAUCUUUUAGUGCGGUCCCACCUAUCUUUUGCAACUCCCAGCUUCUUGACAUUACGUAGUUGGUUUGGUGGCCGGUGCCUUCUGAACACUUCUUUGUAUAUCUACCCAGAUAAAUUUAUGCGUAUAUUUAUUUUAAAAACUAUUCAUUUAUCUAUUUUUUAUUACAGUGGUACCUCAGGUUACAGACACCUCAGGUUACAUACGCUUCAGGUUACAGACUCCGCUAACCCAGAAAUAGUAUCUCGGGUUAAGAACUUUGCUUCAGGAUGAGAACACAAAUCGCGCAGCGGCAGUGGGAGGCCCCACUAGCUAAAGUAGUACCUCAGGUUAAGAACAGUUUCAGGUUAAGAACGGACCUCCGGAACAAAUUAAGUUCUUAACCUGAGGUACCACUGUAUUCUGUUAAAUCUGCUGUUUCAUUUAUAUAUAUAUAUAUACAUUUUUAUUGGGUUUUUUCUAACAUAUCAUUUCCAACAAUCGUAUAACAUAACUUCUUAUCUUAUACAAUAUUUUAGACGUCCGUCAACACCUCUGAUGAUUUUCCAUUCUUUAUCACUUAUUCUGCAUUUCUUAAUUUCUCUAUUACUCUUAAUUAUCAUUAACUAAUAAUUCUCCUCAUGGUCUUUCUUGCAAUAUUUCAAAUAGUCAUCCUUACAAAACUUCCUGCAAUCCUACUAGCGGAAUCCGUUCAUUACAAUUACUUUUCAAAUAGUUUGUAUAUUUACUCCAGUCGCGCAGGUUUCGAAUCCUUCCUGUUAAUUUAUCCAGUUCUGCAUAGUCCAUCAAUUUCAUCCGCCAUUCUCCGUUCGUCGGUAAUUCUUCUUGCUUCCAUUUUUGUGCCAAUAAUAUUCUUGCUGCUUUCACUGCAUAUAAAAACUUACAAUCCUGUCUAUUAAUAUCAUGUUAAAUCUGCUGUUUUAAACAUCUGUCUUGAUCACAGUUGUCUUGGUGAACAGUUUAGACUGUUUUAUGUAAACCACAUAAGGGUUUUAAAAAAUAAUAAUAGGCGGUAUAAAUCCUGCUAAAUAAAAGAAAUUGUGCAAACAAACAAUAAGGGGCCACUGCGAGAAUAGAAUGCCGGACUAAAUGAGCCGCUAUCCUGUCAAGCAGUCUCUUCUCAUGUUCUUAUUAACUGAAGCUAAGUGAUGCUGGUAAAACCUUGUGGGUUAAGACUGUGGCGUUUUAUUGUGUCUGGGACACGGGUGGCGCUCUGGUCUAAACCUCUUGGGCUUGCUGAUCGGAAGGUCGGUGGUUCAAAUCCCCACAACGGAGUGAGCUCCUGUUGCUCUGUCCCAGCUCCUGCCAACCUGGCAGUUCGAAAGCACACCAGCGCAAGUAGAUAAAUAGGUACCGCUGAGGCGGGAAGAUAAAAGGCGUUUCCGUGUGCUCCGAUUUCCGUCAUGGUGUCCCGUUGCACCAGAAGUGGUUCAGUCAUGCUGACCACAUGACUAGAAAGCUGUCUGUGGACAAACACUGGCUCCCUUGGCCGGUAGGCGAGAUGAGCGCCACAACCCCAUAGUCACCUUUGACUGGACUUAACCAUCCAGGAGUCCUUUACCUUUUUAAUGUGUCCAGAUAUUGUACAUCGAGAGCCAGUGUGGUGUAGUGGUUAAGAGCAGUGGACUCGUAAUCUGGUGAACCGGGUUCGCUUCCCCGCUCCUCCACAUGCAGCUGCUGGGUGACCUUGGGCCAGUCACACUUCUCUGAAGUCUCAGCCCCACUCACCUCGCAGAGUGUUUGUUGUGGGGGAGGAAGGGAAAGGAGAAUGUUAGCUGCUUUGAGACUCCUUCGGGUAGUGAUAAAGCGGGAUAUCAAAUCCAAACUCUUCUCCCUCGCUUCACUGUCAUUGUAGGAUAUAUUGGCAUCUCAGUUGCCACUCAUUGAUAACGUCUGACAUGCUGUUGUUCUUGAGAGACAUUGUAGUGCGCCUCUGGGGGUGAAGUCAAACCGGUGCGUCAGAAGCACCGAAGAGACCUCCCUGGAGCGCAAGCCUGGCAAGUGUGCAUGGAGGUCCAGACGACAAAACCCCUUUCUAGGCCUGCCUGAUGGGGUCCAAAGAUAUUCCGCAAGGCAGUGGAGGGUGAGGAUCCGUUCUGACUUUACAUUCUGACUUUCUGGCCUCGGUCCUGUAUACCUGAAGGAGCGUCUCCACCCCCAUCGUUCAGCCUGGAGACUGACGUCCAGUGCCGAGGGCCUUUUGGCGGUUCCCUCAUUGCGAGAAGUGAGGUUACAGGGAACCAGACAAAGGGCCUUCUCGGUAGUGGCGCCUGCCCUGUGGAAUGCCCUCCCUUCAGAUGUGAAGGAAAUAAGCAGCUGUCAUCUUUUUAAAAGACAUCUGAAGGCAGCCCUGUUUAGGAAAGUUUUUAAUAUUUAAUGCUGUAUUGUUUUUAACACUUGAUUGGAAGCCGCCCAGAGUGGCUGGGGAAACUCAGCCAGAUGGGCGGGGUAUAAAUAAUAAAUUAUAAUUAUUAUUAUUAUUAUUAUUAUUAUUAUUAUUAUUACCCUUGGACCAUUUCAGAACUGUAGCUUCCUUGAGGCCAGGCUGUUACCAUGUGGACGGAGGAAGGGAGAGUCGAGUUUAUUGUGAUACUGAGUGGGGAUCCACGCCGUCUCUUGCAUUCCUUUUUUAGGGGGCGGAAAUGCGACCUUUGCAGGGGUGGCAGAAAGCAGCCCCUCCCUCGUCCCGCGAGGAGACCCUGUGGGAGUUACUAUUCCUGUCGAUCUCCCAGCUGCAGGCUUCAGAUAAAGAAUGGCAGGGGACCAGGCGGAGGGACAGAGGCCAAGCCUGACUCGGCUCGUGGUUUUGAAAAGAGGCGGCUUUUGAACUCCUCACUGCCUCCUGGACUAAGCAGCCUGAAGAACAAGGGGAGAUAUCGCUGGAAAACAGACCUUUCCCCCCUAGGGAGGUCACUUUGGUUCUGCUUAACACAGUGGUUAACACCCCUGGAGGCACACUCCAUUGUCUCUCAAUAAUAAUAAUAAUAAAUUUAUUAUUUGUACCCCGCCCAUCUGACUGGGUCACCCCAGCCACUCUGGGCGGCUUCCAACAAAGAUUAAAAAUACAUUAAAAUGUCUCACAUUAAAAACUUCCCUGAACAGGGCCGCCUUCAGAUGUCUUCUAAAUGUCAGGUAGUUUUUUAUUUCCUUGACAUCUGCUGGGAGGGUGUUCCGCAGGGCAGGCGCCACCACCGAGAAGGCCCUCUGCGUGGUUCCCUGUAACUUCGCUUCUUGCAGUGAGGGGACAUUAAGCUUUUAAUGUUUGAUGCAUUACUGUAUUUUAAUAUUUUGUUGGAAGCCACCCAGAGUGGCUGGGGAAGCCCAGCCAGAUGGGCGUGGUAUAGAUAAUAAAUUAUUAUUAUUUAUUAUUAUUAUAAACAAGUUUAGAUGGAAGCAAUAAUGGAAUACUGAAUGGUAUAGUUUUUGUAAAAUAUGCAGAGAUUUAUGAUAUGUAAAAUGAACCAUGGAAAGAGAAGAAGGGAAGUCAUUGAUAUCUUAAGGAUGUAAAAUGAGUAUUUUAAACUGCAAAACACAAAAUUUAAUAAAACAUUAUAUUUAUAUAAAAAAGAAAGGCUCACAGCAUUAACAAUGCGAGUCUUCUCAUGCCAUGCAUUGGAAAGAAGAUUUUACUGCGGCAGCUAGGAGACUGGAGAGCUGCUACAGUCACUUGGAGGCUUCUCAUUCCAUUGAUUCCCCGCCCCAGUUUCUGUGUGAACCCCACACUUUUCUUUGCUUUGAAGAUCAUGAUUGACGCUGCCCCCGUGUUAGGAAACGAUUCCCACCAGGGUGGCAGCCACCAGCAAGUUUGCCCUAGGCAAAGCCCUAACCGUGGCGAAUUUUGUUCUUCCUUUCUACAGAACGGUUUGGAGAAGAGCGCCGCGAAGGAGCCUCUCUUGAAUGUCCUCUGCAAAGCGGUGAAGCCCACCUUCAACCAGAGCCGGGAUGGGUGUUUGGCGAGGCUGGCUUCCAAAGACGACCCCAAGUACUUGGCUGUCCUCGAGGUGGCUGUGUUGAGUAGGUACCACAUGCGUUGUUGGGAGCCCCUAGGGCAGCCUUCGCCAACUUGGCGCCCUCCAGAUGUGCUGGCUGCAGCUGUGGUCCAGAACAUAUGGAGUGCACUGGGAUGAUGAUGUUUUCCCGUGAGUAAGAACUAGGAACUUUCAUACCUGAGCUCUGCUGCCCUGGUAGUUGCAGACCAGUCUAAUAAUAAUAAUAAUAAUUUGUUGUUGUUGUUGUUUACUCACUUAGUCGUGUCCGACUCUUCGUGACCCCAUGGACCAAAGCAAGCCAGGCAGUCCUGUCUUCCACUGCCUCCUGCAGUUUGGUCAAACUCAUGUUCAUAGCUUCGAGAACACUGUGCAGCCAUCUCGUCCUCUGUCCUCCCCUUCUCCUUGUGCCCUCCAUCUUUCCCAUCAUCAGGGUCUUUUCCAGGGAGUCUUCUCUUCUGAUGAGGGGGCCAAAGUAUUGGAGCCUCAGCUUCAGGAUCUGUCCUUCCAGUGAGCACUCAGGGCUGAUUUCCUUAAGAAUGGAGAGGAUUGAUCUGCUUGCAGUCCAUGGGACUCUCAAGAGUCUCCUCCAGCACCAUAAUUCAAAAGCAUCAAUUCUUCGGUGAUCAGCCUUCUUUAUGGUCCAGCUCUCACUUUAUUAUUUGUACCCCACUCAUCUGGCUGGGUCUCCCCAGCCACUCUGGGCGGCUUCCAACGAAGAUUAAAAAUACAUUAAAAUGUCACACAUUAAAAACUUCCCUGAACAGGGCUGCCUUCAGAUGUCUUCUAAAUGUCAGGUAGUUGUUUAUCUCUUUGACAUCUGAUGGGAAGGUGUUCCACAGGGCGGGCACCACUACCGAGAAGGCCCUCUGCCUGGUUCCCUGUAACUUCGCUUCUUGCAGUGAGGGAAUCACCAGAAGGCCCUCGGCGCUGGACCUCAGUGUCCGGGCAGAACGAUGGGGGUGGAGACACUUCUUCAGGUAUACUGGACCGAGGCCAUUUAGGGCUUUAAAAGUCAACACCAACACUUUGAAUUGUGCUCAGAAACGUACUGGGAGUCAAUGUAGGUCUUUCAGGACCAAUGGUCUCAGCGGCUGCUCCCAGUCAUCAGUCUAGCUGCCGCAUUCUGGAUUAAUUGCAGUUUCCAGGUCACCUUCAAAGGUAGCCCCACGCAGAGUGCAUUGUAGUACUCCAAGCGGGAGAUAACCGGAGCAUGCACCACUCUGGCAAGACAGUCUGUGGGCAGAUAGGGUCUCAUCCUGCGUACCAGAUGGAGCUGGUAGACAGCCGCCCUGAAUACAGAAUUGACCUGCGCCUCCAUGGACAGCUGUGAGUCCAAAAUGACUCCCAGGCUGCACACCUGCUCCUUCAGGGGCACAGUUACCCCAUUCAGGACCAGGGAGUCCCCCACACCAGCCCACAGGAAACCUGUUGCCCAACGUUGGACCCGAACCCGCGACCCCAAGAUAGAGAGUCUCAUGCUCUGAAUGACUGAGCCGAGUGUGUUGCUAUUCCACACAGUUUUCUGCACCGCCUUAAAAAGGUAAAUAAAUAGUUUCUAUUCUCCUCACCUUUUGUUUCCUUCUGUUAGCAAACUCUGCGGAUAAGGAGCUGUUUGAGUCUUUGGCGGCGAAGAUGGAAGAGCUGGAAAAGGUAAGGAGGAUGUUUGAGGAAGUCCCAUUCCUUCGGUUUGUCGCCUUUUCAGUCAGGCAUCUUCAGAUCUUUAGCUUGAAGUGUUGCUUGGCAACCGGCCGUCGCCAACUGUGGUUCAAGGACAGCCCUUCAAGGUGUGUUAGGAUGAAGGAUGCUUUGCUGAGUGAUUCUCUGAAGGAGGCAUGGAAGCAAAGCAGUUGCCCAGAUACGAUACGAUAAUCUUUAUUGUCAUUGUUCUCUACAGAACAACAAAAAAUCUACAUCAGACAUUCAGAAACCAACAAGCCUUGCUAUCCCAGCUAUCCCAGCCUGGUUAGCCCCCUAAAAACUCUGAUACCCCAUAAUUAAAUACAAUAUACUCCCACAGAGACCUUACACUGCGUUUAAAACCAAAAUCACAUUUGGAUAAAAACUGUUUCUCAGGCGGCUAGUCCUAGUCUUUAUUACCCUGUACCUUCUUCCAGAAGGCAGAAGCUGAAAGAGAUCAUUUCCGGGGUGCGGCUUAGUCAUGCUGGCCACAUGACCCGGAAGCUGUACGCCGGCUCCCUUGGCCAAUAAAGCGAGAUAAGCGCCGCAACCCCAGAGUUGGUCACAACUGGACCUAAUGGUCAGGGGUCCCUUUACCUUUUUAAGCCCUGUGAAAUUAAUGGACCUAGCUCAUGUUUGUCAAUUUCAGUGGGCCUUUACUUGAGCAAAACUUAGUUGAAUAACACCCAAUGGCGUUUCUCCCCUCCUCUCCACACACACUUAAAAAUGAAAAAGAGCCUUAUUUAAUACGUUUGCAUCCCAGUUUUCCUCCCAGAAGUGCAAAGUGCACCAUGCAAGGCUCUCUCGCUCCAGUCAUUUUGUCCUGCGGGGUGGGUUAGUCCGAGAGACAGUGCCUGGCCCCAGGUCACCAACUGAGCUUCAGGGCUGAGUGUCAAUUUGAACACAGGUCUCCGCAAGUCCCAGUCCAACGCUCUUCACUGCUGCACCCAUUGCAACUGCUCGUACAGCAACCACAGCAGACCCCCUCCAUCAAGUUUGCAUUUCCUGGGCCAGGAUGCCCUGGGAACAAGGCACAUUUUGUCCCUUCCUGCUGGUCCAGGAAACGCAGCUGGCAGGGUGGAGAGCCUUGAUGGGGCCAUUGUGUGAGCAACCACAAUGGAGCUUUUUUAAAAAAAAAAUGUGGCGAACACGCUAACCUUCCUUCAGUCAUCUCAUCUUCUAAGUCAGAUGAUCAGCCUGGUUUUUUAUUUAAUAAUUAGAAAAGGUAUUUUAAGGGACAGGCCCCCGCUGUCUCCUGAAAGUAGUAAAAUCCCACUCCCUCUGGGGAGUAACACUCCUGAAAAUUGCAUUUAUUCAUUGCAUUUAUAUGCUAGCUUUCUCUCCAGGGAGCUCCAGUUGGUUCUCCCUCUCAGUGUCCAAUUUAGAGUGGUGGUGACUGCACAUAGGGUGCCAAUCCAAGGGGGCGCAUAAUCAUCAUCAUCUCUCUAAUACUUCAAAAAUUAGAGUAAAUGAGUUACAAUUAAGUAAGAAAAACGGCAGCAACCAAAACAGGACAGGACAGAUUCAUCAAAAGAGGAGGGUCCCCCAAAACAAAGAUAACUGAUGUGUGUUUGCAACGCUCUUCCAGAGCUGUACGAGGAAGAUGCUAAAUGCACUGAUGUGGAGCGGAGUUUUCACAAUUUAGGGGUUUCCACAGAGAAAAUCCUCUCCCAGGCCAUUAUCCCCCACGCUUCCAAGGGCAGGAACCAGACACAGAGCCCCUCUGUCAGUAGCCAUGCAGAUGGCAUUUCAGAUAUUGGGGGCUUAAGUCUUUUAGGGGUUUAAUCACCUUGAAUCGGGCCAUGGGACAAAGUGGCCACCAGCGUAGGUGUUUUGAAACAGGGCUUUUGCUGUCUUGGAACCCUGGCCAGUAAUUUGGCCGCGGCGUUUUGCGCCAGUUGAUGUUUUCGGGUAAGUCUCCAAGGGCAGGCCCACGUAGCUUGCAUUGCAGUAGCCCAGCCAAUGCCCCUCUCUCCGUGGCGACUCCUCUGCUCCCAGCCAUUCACCCCCCUCUUCCUUUGACAGAUUGGAGUGAAGAACAUCACCCACGGCGGCAGGAGCAGGGACCCCGACAUAGAGGACCGCUUCAGCAUGCCUCUGAUCAUCACCAUUGUCUGCAUGGCUGCCUCCCUGCUACUUGGUGCCGCCAUCUACGGCUGUUGCCACCAGCGCCUCUCCCAAAGGAAGGACCAGGUAAACAGGCUUUUUGCAUUUUGCGCCAUCAAAAUGGACCUAGCAGGAGUUGUAGGGCCAAGCUUCACACCCACCGACCCUUGAGUUAUCUGCUCUGAGCCAGAGUCAUAGCUGUCAAGCGUCCCUUAUUUGGCGGGACAGUCCCUUAUCCCAGCACCAUGUCCCACUGCUGUCCCUUAUUGAUGAUGUCCCUUAAAUAAGCUACUGAAGGUAAUGGGGCCCUUUCUAUGUCCAGCUGUCCUUUGUCAACAACAAAUUGUUGCUGGUUUUUUGUGUUGAAUAUAUGCUAUAUGGUGAUUUAUGGACCUAAUAGGUAUCUAAAGCCAUUUGCACGCAACAAAAUAUGUAUUUUAUCAAAGUAAUUGUUGAUCCCUUAUUUUGGCUGCUGAUCCCUUAUUUUCGAGGCUGCUGGUCCCUUAUAUUCAAAUCUGUAAGUUGACCGCUAUGGCCGGGGUCUCCCAUAUCCCACUUCAUUUGCAGACAUUGGCAGUACUCACCCUAACCCUCUGCAUUGCAGAGUGUCGAUUUCGGGUGUCGGUAGCCUAUCUGCCACAAUUCGCAAUGCGUCAGUGAAACAAAACAGCUCAGGUCCCGUGAGCGCGGCAGCUCUUCCCAGUAGGUCUUGCCCCAAUGGACAGGGGCGAGGACCAAAAGUCUCUGCCUUUCCAGAGUCGUCUCCUCACCUGGGUCUUUCCCAAGCAAUCUGAGACUCAUGUGCUGCCAAACACAGCAGUUCUUUCCAAGAAUAUCAGGACAAAAGGAAUGAGGAGGUGGAAGGGGAACAGUUUUAUUAACAAAUAAACAGCAGGCAUGGAAAGCAUAAACUAAAACAUACCCGACAGGGGCUACCCAAUCUCCCCUUCAGCUGCCCGGAGCCCCAGGUAGAGCAGCAGGAGAAAGACCCUGACCGUCGGUCUCCCAGCAUCAGGUCCUUUGAUCUGGGCAGAAGCUCUCCAGGCCCCUCCCACCUAUGGCUUUUAUAGCCUGCCUUGAUGUAAUCAAGUGCACCGGGCAUUACUCAUGAUUAGCCCAGGACCCUGAGAUGGAACUAAUACAGAGCAGCUGAGAGUCUCCCACUACCUGCAGCCGGGCAUCCAGCCAGCACUUGCAACACAGAAGAACCCAAGAAACUCCCGACAGGUGCGUGAAACACAAGAAUCAAACUGGGGAUGUUAAAGGGAAAGGGACAUGCCACCUAACUCCUCAAAAUACAGUUUAUUGGCAAAACCUAUUUGGUGUUUCGCAACUUUCUGACUAGUUGCAGGACCUUAGCCAGACCUAGCAGAGUCAACGCAGAAUCCACGGAAGCAAUUGGCGACUUGGCUGCAGACAGGAUAGACGAAGCAGGAACCAGGAACUUGUAGUUAGGUGUUUAUUAUAUACAGUGGACUAUUUACAGGAACAGAACACGGAUCUUUUGCUAGCUCUCUCUGACAUGACUCACAACUCCUACACUCACACACAGAAUUCUGAACCUCUGAAUACUGAACUAACACAUUCCAGUUAGUAGGCCAUUAAUUAUCACUCCCUUGAGAGAGCUUGACCAAUCAUGGAGUUGUCUCCAUGUCUCUGUUAUCACCAGGCAGACUUACUCCUUCAGAUUGCCUUCUGGCUGUCUGCCAAACCUUAAUUGACUCUGUGUGAGUAGCUGCACGUACACAGAUUCCCAACACAAUUGUCUUCCGCAUUUUACACCACACUCAUCACUUUGUCUCUGCUCUGCCCUCUUCAUACCUCUUCUGGUCCUGGGAGAUCAGGGAGGAGCAGAGCUGGUCGUAGCAGGAGGGUAGACCCUCCUGGCAUCUUCACCAGCCUGACUCAUCUCUGCCUCUUCAGCUUCUCAUUCUGGACUUCUCUCCGCCACAGACUCUCCCUGCUCACUAAGCCCUGUUGCCUCGCCAGCUUCCUACACCUCCUCCUCCCAGCCUUCUCCCUCUGACCACUCAUCAUUCCCACCACCACUCUGAGCCUUCUUCCCUUGGGGGUUCCCCAGCUUCUGCCUGCUACCGCUCCUCUACAUCCAGCAGGAGUUUGGACUAAGUGACCCCUGGGUUCCUUUCAACUCUGUGGUAAACUCUAUAGGAUGCAGGUGGCGCUAUGGUCUAAACCACUGAGCCUCUUGGGCUUGCCGGUCAGAAGGUUGGCGGUUCAAAUUCGCACAACAGGGUGAGCUCCUGUUGCUCUGUCCCAGCUCCUGCCUAUCUAGCAGUUCGAAAGCAUACCAGUGCAAGUAGAUAAAUAGGUACCACUGUGGCGGGAAAGCAAACAGUGUUUCUGUGCACUGUGGCGGGAAAGCAAACAGUGUUUCUGUGCACUCAGAAACGGUUUAGCCAUGCUGGCCACAUGACCCAGAAAGCUGUCUGUGGACAAACACCAGCUCCCUUGGCCGGUAAGCGAGAUGAGCGCCACAACCCCAUAGUUGCCUCAGCUUCAGGAUCUGUCCUUCCAGUGAGCACUCAGGGCUGAUUUGUUUCAGAAUGGAUAGGUUUGUUCUUCUUGCAGUCCAUGGGACUCUCAAGAGUCUCCUCCAGCACUAUAAUUCAAAAGCAUCAAUUCUUCGGUGAUCAGCCUUCUUUAUGGUCCAACUCUCACUUCCAUACAUCACUACUGGGAAAACCUUUACCUUUACCUUACUGCAACUCUAUGGUUUCAGCUUUUUCAGUCCCUGUUCAUAUGUCUCCUACCCAAACCCCCCGGUCCCCGCCUUACAGCAGCGCCUGACCGAGGAACUUCAGACGAUGGAGAACGGUUACCACGACAACCCGACCCUGGAGGUGAUGGAGACCUCCUCGGAGAUGCAGGAGAAGAAGGUCAACCUGAACGGGGAGCUUGGAGACAGUUGGAUCGUCCCCAUGGACAGCCUAACGAAAGAGGAUCUGGAGGACGAAGAGGACACACAUUUAUAAUUGUUUGGGGCUUUUUGUUUCAUUUUUUAAAGAGAGAACAAACUUUGUGCUAAGCAAAAAUUUCGAAAACACGGAAAACUCAAAACUUGCAGCCACAAGUGCCGACAUGCAGAAGGAGCCUCACGGUUAUUGGGCAAGAGGAUUUGUCUAGGGGGCGUCUGCCGUGGCCAAAUCCUUUUUGUUUUGUUUGUUUGGUUUUGUUUUUCUAAAAUCCCAUUAGCUUUCUAAGCAAAUUCUAUGUGUUGGUGUGUGUAUAUGUGUACAUAUAUAUAUAUAUUUUUAAUGACUGUGCCUCCUAUUUAAGUGUUGAGCAGGGCAGACAGGAGAUUCUCCCACUCCCUUUCCCCUCCAGAUGCCAAGGGACCAUGAGAGCAGGGCUGGAUGUACUGCUCAUUUUAACUGGAGUCAAGGUCCUCAUGUCUGCAGAGAACAAGAUGGGAGCGCCUGUUCAGAGGACAGAGUUGGAGCUUAACUUCUGCCAUUUGCAGGCAGCUUGACAAGGCAUCGCUCCCUCACGGUUAGCGGCCGCAGGGGGGCGCAUUAUGCAAAAACUCAACCAGAUAUGCAAAACCCGAGGUGCAAUGGGCUCCGGCGUACAGGAGACUCUGAAUAUUGGCAGCAGGGCACAGCUAAAAAAGGCUGUCUCUCUCUACCUGCCCCACCCCAGGUCGUCCUAUCACUCCACUUGUUUUCUCCACACAUUAAAAAACAUUCUCCCGAUCUUCGUAGGUCAGGAUCUGGCCAUUAACUAGCCCGUUCCAGUACGUAAGCUUUUUGCAACAGCUGGCGCCUGCAGUGAAUCUGUGCCAGCCAUGCAAGGAGGAUUCAGGUUUUUUCGUUUUUUGCGUUCUUCCUGUAGAAUGCAAAUUUGGGGCCGGGGUUUUUGUGUGUGUAAGAAUGAAGCACCGCAAAACCCAAACGGGCUACGACUGGAGCAUUAGCCCAGCGGCACAACUUCAGAUUUCAGGAAAGAGAUUUGUAUGCAGGAACAUAGGAGCUGCCUUAUACUUGACUAGAAGACACUGGGCUCAUCUAGCUCAAUACUGUUCUACACUGGCCGGCAGCGAUUCUCCAGGGUUUGACCAGUUUUACCUGGAGAUGCGGGGCAUCCAACCUGGGACGUUCUGUAGAGGGGAGGAUAUAAUAAUGCAUGAGCUAAAGAGAUCAGCAUUAAUCUGCACACUUCCCCUUCCAAGAGCAUCUCAUGUUUUUCUUCUUAAUAAUAGCUAUAGCAAUAUUUAGUCAAUUUCAGGUUGAAACAGCCCCCCGUUGCUUUUAUUGAAAGAGAAGGAAGGUGGAGGGUUUUGUGCCUUUGACAUGCAUGGAUGAUCCAUAAACCCAUUUAAUGGUGCAAUUUAGGGUGUAAAGCUACUGAGUGAGCUAACUUUGCAUGUGCAAUAGGGGAUCUUAGCUGUGGGGUCUGAAACAGUGGAACGUUUGCAAAGGGAAGCUUGUAUCUCUGUGGAAAGGGAAUUGCCCCAAAGCCUUGUUGGGCUCUUUCAUGCUCCCAAAUUUGCCCUUUAAAAAAAAAUUCCACAUUGUUCUUGCCACGCUGCAGGCAUGACCUUUCCAAAGCGCCGAUUAAUUUAAGCCUAGUUAUUGGAUUUCACGGGACGCGGGUGGCGCUGUGGGUUAAACCACAGAGCCUAGGACAUGCCGAUCAGAAGGUCGGCGGUUCGAAUCCCCGCGAUGGGGUGAGCUCCCAUUGCUCGGUCCCAGCUCCUGCCAACCUAGCAGUUCAAAAGCAUGUCAAAGUGCAAGUAGAUAAAGAGGUACCACUCCGGCAGGAAGGUAAAAUGCCGCUUCCGUGCGUUGCUCUGGUUCACCAGAAGCGGCUUAGUCAUGCUGGCCACAUGACCCGGAAGCUGUACGCCGGCUCCCUCAGCCAAUAAAGCGAGAUGAGCGCCGCAACCCCAGAGUCGGUCAUGACUGGACCUAAUAGUCAGGGGUCCCUCUACCUCUACCUCUAUUGGAUUUCACAAUCAUCGAAUGAGAUGCUCUUAAGGACUUUACACAAAUCGCCGUGGGCAGAAGGAACCAACCCUACAACUGUUCUGAACCCAUCACAAGUUGCUUCUUCGUCUCCUUGCACAUUUGAUACAGGAAAGUUGUUGAGAACAUCUCAUCAUGCUUUUCGAGAUAAGUUAUAGGAACGGAAACAGCUAAAAAAAAAUGAGACCCUGUCCUAGUCCUAUUCAGAAGGCAAAGAUUAAGGAUGAGAUAAAACAUGCCUUAAGUCCCAUUAAUAAAAGACAAUGUGAUGGCUUUUGAUGAAUCUGCCCCUUUGUCUUCCCUCAGCUGUGGGGCCUCUGAGGAGAGACAAUGGGAAGAUGGGUGGAUCCUUCGAUAUUUCCUUCCCUCCCUCUUUUUUAAAAGCAGAUUUAUGACAGCUGUUUGGAUUGUAUCUUAGGUCAAAUAUAACUUUGGAACCCGCCGUCAAAAAUCGGUAGGUUCCUAAUCCAUUUGAACAGGAACUCCCAACUCCCAAACAUUGGCAAAGCCAAUUCUCUGGGCAGGAGAUGUAAAUUUAGAGGCUGUAAAUUUAGAGUCUCUUACUGGCCCGGCUUGAGUUCGGAGCAGGAGGAAGGAAGCGUUCAAAUGUCAGAGUGCUCAGAACUUGCAUCUUCAUGUAUCGGCCCAGGGAGAUUCCAGGAAAAAGGGGAUUCUAGCAGCUCCUAUUAAAUACCUUGCCUUUGCAGAAAAGAUCAGUGUAACAUUUUCCUAUCUUCAUCGAUAAAUACUAGAGUGGCUGUGUGUGGCUGUGCCACACUGAUUUUUUUUUAAAGGAACUAUUUCUGGCAUUCUGCUAUAGCCAUAAGAAAAUUAAUGUUGUCUUGUAGGCUCACACCAAGGUCUCUUCUUAAGAGACUGGCAACUGGAAGCUUUGAGGGGGCCAAAAAUGGCAAUAUGUCCCCUUAUCCCAAUCUCUGCCUCCAUCACUCACCCACCCUUGCCAUUCCAAGCAAAGGGCUUCUGAGACCCUUGUUUCUUAGUGCAUGGCUCCUAGUGGAUGGAGAGGAACCUGUUCUCUUCAGCCAGGUGUGUCAAGAGGUAUAAUAAUAAUUUAUCAUUUAUACCCCGCCCAUCUGGCUGGGUUUCCCCAGCCACUCUGGGCAGCUUCCAACACAAUAUUAAAAUACACUAAGGCCUCAAACAUUAAAAGCUUCCCUAAACAGGGCUGCCUUCAAAUGUCAUCAAAAAGUCUGGUAGUAGUUGUUCUCUUUGACAUCUGGUGGGAGGGUGCCACUACCGAGAAGGCCCUCUGCCUGGUUCCCUGUAACUUGGCUUCUCGCAGUGAGGGAACCGCCAGAAGGCCCUCGGAGCUGGACCUCAGUGUUCGGGUAGAACCAUGGGGGUGGAGACGCUCCUUCAGAUAUACUGGACCGAGGUAGUGAUGGCAUGGGGGAGAUCGGAGUGUAAUUCUGCGCAGCUCAGAUCUUUCAAGUGGGUACCAGCUCUGGGCUGGGGCAGUGACAUCAGUAGCCCACUUACUUCACCUUCCAGUGAAAGCGUCGUUUCCUCAACAAAGCAGCCGAAGCUAAUGUGGCCCUCGAGGUGUUGCAGGACUACAACUCCCAUCAUCCCUUGCAGGCUGGGGUUGAUGGGAGCUGGAGUCCAGCAGAAGUGCCACUGGUUUUUGUCUCGAGAGACAAUGGAGUGCGCUUCUGGGGGUGAAGUCAAACCGCUGUGUAAGCCGCACCAAAAUGACCUCCCCGGGACACAAACCUGGGCAGUGUGCAUGGAGGUCAUGGGCUACCCAGAUGACAAAACACCCACCCUUAGCCUGGCUGAUGUGGUCCAAAGGUCACAGAAAGUUAGAAUUGUAGUGUGUGUGUGUUUUUUGGGGGGGCAAGGGUCAUCUAGUCCACCACCCCCAGCAAUAAAAGGUGCAGCAAUAAAAUAGCUAGCACAUUUGCAAAGCUGAGCAGGAUUUGGCAUAGUUUCACACUGGAUGCGUUGAGAUUCCUGUAUUGCAUAGGGUUGCACUCUUUGAUUUCAUGAGUCUCCAUCCUUGCAGGAGAGACUUCCUGUUGUAUUAUGUGCCUUGGGAGCAGCUGUGGUGCACAUUAAAGGCAAAGGGCUCCACCGAAGGACAAAGGGCACUUUGCUAUUGUCACCAUGGAAACGGACGGCGUUAGAGAGUCCUUUGCCUGUUUGCCAGAUCUGCAGAGUAAGUCAAGAGAUCAGGGGUUGGCUUACAACCCUUCUUUUUAAUAUAAUGUAGAGCAGACCUAUUCAAACAACCAAAAAAUAUGUACCUCUUUCUGAUAUUGGGUCAGGGGGACAAAAUAUGAAAGUAUUGCAAAUAGAUUUCCCCCCAGUUACUAGUCUGUGGAGAUAUAAGACAAUCUGAAGGGGACGGGGGGCAGGAGAACGGACUUUCUUGCAACUUCCCCAAUUUUCUUCCUCUACAACUAGACUAUCAACAAUUCAGUCCCCCAAAAAGUUAGAUUUGGUUAUGUUAGUUGCUCUGCUCCAGCUAUUUUUCAGGUGUGCUGUUACUCGAAAGGGAUGGGAGGGUGCUUUAAUGUGUUGCAAAGGAGACCGAGAUUGCAAAAAUAAGUCACACACACACACACACACACGGUUCAUGCAAAUGAAAGAUGUGAACUUCUGGUUAAGACAAGGACCCAAAAGCGACCGCAAAGUUUAAAUUUUGAGAAUACUAAUUACCCCUUCAACCUGGCACUACGAAGGUACUAGCAACUUGGGAACACUGCUAGAUCCUCCAAUUGCCCAGUUUGUUUUUUAUUGCUGCUACUGCAAUUUACUAUUUUUUGUUAAAUCGUACUUUCUGGUGUGCGAGAGGCUCCAGGAUUCUGGUGUCGUUAUGAUUUAAAACCACACGGCGAAGCAGGUUGAGGGGAGAGAGGAGGUGUGAAGAUGUGUCAUAUCUAUGUUAUUGAUAUGUUUGCAAUGACAGAAAAGAAAGUUAAUAAAAAUUUAUUUUUUAAAAAAGUGGGGGGAGAGAAGGCAGAGCCGCCCCCAGGUUUGACACCGAGUUUCCUACAUCCAGAGCCAAUGUGUUUUCAACUGUACCCUGCGGGUCCUCGAUGCGAGUUUUCGUUUGCAAAUGGACUGCAAUGUGCGCCUAGCCCCUUUCGGUUGUGAUAAUGCGUCUGAAUGCUACUUUUAAUGCACUGUGCAGCUUCCUCAGCGCACACUUAACUGCGCUGAAACAGGAGUCUGAUAUACACUGGGAUUUUAACAGAGGAACUGGAUUGUAAAGAUUAUCGUUGCAUUUUCCUACAAAGUAUAUUUUGAAGACACCACUUAUUUCUGUCAAUAAAAGUUUCUUUUGUGAAGGGC